CUUUUCCGUCUAACUGUAGCCGAGCUCUGCGAAGGAUGACAUAAGAGGUGUGAGUUGGGGCAGUGGUGGUGGUGGGUGGUAAUUGCUGGUUAAAGGGGGGCUGUGUUUGUUUAUUAUUAUCCAUGGGGGGGCAGUUAGAGCGCUGUGUGUGUGUGUGUAUGGAUGGAUGGAUGGAGGGUGUGAUGACUCUUUUUGUGUCAGACCCAGGACAAUGCUGUGCUUAUAGUGCUGGCAAUGCCCUGCUCUCAGUGCUAUUCAAUAAGGUGGGAAUUGCUGGGCAUUCAAAGUUACACAUUUUAGGCUGAAAGCCUCCCCCCCUACCCACACCCCACAAUCUGGCUCUGUUUAUAGUCUGCCUCUUUUGGCCUUAAAGGGACACUAUAGCCACCAGAAUAACAGCACCUUAAUGUAGCUGUUCUGGUGUCUAUAACAUGUCCCUUCAGGCCUUUUCAUGUAAACAUUGUCUUUUUUUGUUUUUGUAUUUUACAAGAGGGGCCGGCUGCUUAAACGGCUAUAUUAAACCUAUAAUGUCCAGAAUACACGUUUGUGCAUUUCCUUUAAAUUUAAAAGAUACUUUGAAUUAUCUUGCAGUUCACUUUAGUGCAUAUCCCUGUUAGCGUUCAUCUGCUGUCUAGCCUGGGGCACUCUUGGUGUGCUGAAUAGCCUUUUUUUUUCAGUGGCAGCAAUCGGGCAAAGCUCUGGCUGAGCACCAUGGGAGGUGUAGUUUGCAGCAUUUAUGGAGCCGGUGUUUAGCCAUCACAUAUGUGAAAUGCAUUUAGUGAUCGGUGGCAGAUGGAAAGUACGUUGGAGAUUGGCAGACAUCCAUAAAGGAUGAUAGAUGACUACACUGCUCCAAAGAUACUGUCAGUUUACAGAAGGUUUAGUACAUCAUGUGAAUUGAACUAAUUUCACAUUUUGUCUGGUAGUUAUUGUUGAAGGUUACAUUUCUGAGCUGCUUAUUUAUUUAUUUAUUUUUAAUUUAUUUUAGCGAGUUAUAGCGUAACAGAUAACAUGACAUGCGAAUCAGAGAAGUACAUGCUGGAAACAUUGGCAUUGAUAGCACAUAGCUAGGAUAAACUAAUUUUUUCACCCCCAGACAUGUAGGAGAGGUAAAGCAAGCUAUAUUUAGAGGGGUGCAGGUAGUGGACUUCGCGCCUUGGAACUUAUCAUAGGUGCGCUCUUAAACUUGGGCUAAUAUAAGGAAUAUAUGGUGUGGAUGGUGAGCGUAGGUGCCUUCUAUAGCUAGAGGAGUUAGACAUAAGUAUGAAUACCUAUCCAGAAGGCCGGUAUAGUAGCCGAGCGUGCAGUACUUUGCUUGUGCGUGUGCAUCACCGUUUCCUUGCACGUUAGAUUAAGGGCGGGGAAAGGACUUAACAACUGGCCAAAUCAGUGGCUUAUGGAUCCAGGGUGUAAACAGUGUGGUCAUUAAUUAAUAACAAAAGUAAACAGCGCAACAUAGGGACACAAUUCAUAAAGUAGACACAAUUGCCUGCCGCCCUGAACUUCAGGUGGGUAGGGUGUGCGUGUCAAGCACUCCCCUUCUGGGCAUGAACGGGGUGACUCCCACAUCAUUCUACGAUGGGCGAUCAGCUGCCAGAAUGUUCUGCGCUAUGCCUAGGGCCUGGAAGAAAGUUGAUGCUUCGAAGAGAUGCGCAAUCUGAUGUGUCUUGCUGGCCUUGUCAACUAUUAGUCGGCAUGGUCCCCACAUGUAAGGUAUGGAAUGUUCCUGUAGUAGUUGGGUUACUUGCUUGAGGGAUCUUUGCCAUACCAGGGUAUGCCUAGGUAAGUCCCAAAAGAAUGCAAGCUGUGCCCCUUCGAACGUCACCAAAGGAGAGCCUCUCACGGCCCCCAUAAGUACUCCACAGUCGGAUUCCCGCAUUAGCUUCAUCAGAACAUCCCUGGGUGCGUGUUGGGCUGCGCUGGGUGCCUUUUGUGAAGCGAAACCCCGUGGGCAUUUGUUUUGCCUGCUUCGGCAUCAGCAGAGUGGCAAUCAGUGGGGAAGUUCCGCACCUGAGAUUGUUUACGGUACUCCCUGGAUUUUCAGGUGCCGUGCUCUGCCUUGUCCUCCAUGAAGGCUAUUUGCUCUUGUCGUUCCGCGCAUUUGUAUUUGCAGUGCACCUAUGGCGGCGUCAGUAGCCGUUUGGGCUAGUUUGGUGCCCUCCAUGCCUUCCUCCAUACCCUGCAUUCUAUUGGUUAGAGUUUUAAUUGCCUCCCUAACCGGAGCCAUAUCUGCGUUUAAAUAUAGUUUUAAUUUCUGCCAUUAAAGCCUUAAUGUCUGCUUUGGUGGAUGGGGCAGAGUCACCCAGUUUAGCAGGUUUCCAAGUUAACGUGCUUGCCUUAGGCGGAGGGAUGAUAUCAGCUGCAUCACUAUCCUCAUCAGAGGACAUCACGGUGUAGGCCUCAGCGGGUGCCAUCCUUGUUGAUUCCGGCUGCGGGGUCGUGCGGAGGAGGACCCUGAUAUCUCUGGAUCCCAUUCCCGGAUCCGCUCACUGCUUCUUGGACUUUUCCCCAAUAAUGUUGGGUAGCUGGCUAGUGCCUUUAUGCACUUGAUCACGUUGCUGGUACUGGGCUUUAGCUAAUGAGAACAGGGUAAGUGUGCGGAGCUGCCUCAAUGUGCGUCCAGCUCGUGCAGGCGUUGGUUCCUCCCACUUAAGAGUUUUUUUUGUUUGUUUUUUGUUUUUGUUUUUAAAAAAAAAAAAAAAAGCUUUUUAUCAAUGUUACGACCAGGAAAAGAAAUUGUAACGUUUGUUGUCUUGUCUCCAUCCCUUUUAUUUUAUCAUUUUCCUCUUCUUCGAAAUACUGAAAAACAAAACCCACAUACAGAGUUAUUCACUAAACACUCCAUUUGGUGAAUUAAACACAAAUGGCAAAAUUUAGACAAAAUAGCCAUUCGUGACUAUGGCUGAGUUGAAGAAGUUUUACAGAACUAUUUUUUUGGCUGGUUAUUCCAUUUUGGAUUUGCAAAAAUCAAGAGUUUAGUGAACGAUCAUAGUAAUGUUAGGUUUUAAUUAUGCUGAAGUUACAAAAUGUAUCUCAUGUUGGUUCUGUAAAACUGAAACUUGCCACUAUAUUGCUUUUAUCUCUGUUCUAAAUGAAGAAAAAUAUGGUGGUUAGAUCAACUUAGAACAAGCAUAUACCCAAUUUAUUUUUUGAUUGUAUGUUUGGUUUUGCACAACUUGUAUUUUCUGUAACUUUAUUUUCUUUGGACUACUUAUUGUACGGCAUUGACAUUAAAUAAAUUUAAUAUAGAAAAUUAGCAGUAUCUCAGAACAAUAUAGUAAUACUUGAUGAAUCGAUAUCUCUGAAACUGGUGGUACAAAAUAUAUUGUUUUCUCUUUGUUGAAAAGUGUUAUUCAGUAGAUUAAGUCCUUUGUAUGGAGCCAGAACUCUGCUUCAGACACUGUCGCGACUAUGCAUUCAUAAGAGAGCAAAAUUACAGCGUAGUUCGUAGCAACACCAUCUAUAGUAAAAUUUUUGAGUUGGUCCUAGGCAGUUCUCAAGCAUAAGUAAGGGAUCGUUUGGGAUACACCUGCACAAAAAAUUCUGUGAAAUGUAAUUCUCAUUGUCAGCCAUGCAGUGCCUAUUAAGAAUAAUCUUCAUGGGGCGUGGCCGGACGUCGAACGGAGAUGGCAGCACAUUGAAAGAGCUCCGCAGUUUUGGGCUCCUAAAAGCGGCUAAAAACUUACAAUUAGGCGGAUUCCCGGACACCAGACACACCAACACGAUGUUUCAACACCGCACUAAAAAAGCUGCAGAAACCAAAGACAAAGCGGCUUUCUUCGCGGCCAGAACGCCGCAACACAAGCACACCGAUACUCACACCCAAGAUGGCGUCGAGUCUGAUCCUGAUGCCGACCACAUGGGCGCACAAGAAUACAGAACGGACACCCUGCUAACUACUCAUCUACUGCAGAAAAUGCUUGAUGCAGCAGUCUCAAAAAUGCAAGUAACAAUCACAUCUGCACUUGCUGACAUAAAGACAGAUAUUACUGUCAUAGACGCAAGGACAUCCCAACUGGAGGGAAAGAUGGAGGAUAUUGACACAGCACACACGGCGAUUGACAACAGACUGAGCGAAAUGGAAAAAAGACUAUCCCUACAUGAGGCUAAGCUUACAGAUGUAGAGGACAGAUCCCACCGACACAACAUCAGACUGCAGGGAGUGCCAGAGGAGGUGGGAACACGACUUAACGGCCUUCACGGUGGAAUUCUUCCGACAUGUCUUACCAGACAUACCAACAGACAUGCUCCUAUUAGAUCGAAUACACCGAAUCCCCAAACCACAACACCUACCGACUGCCACGCCAAGAGACGUGCUCAUGAAGCUCCAUUACUUUCACGUAAAAGACCAGAUACUUCGCGCCCAUAGAGCAAAAAAAGAUUUACCAGACAAGUACAAAGAUAUCCUCCUAUUCACAGACCUCUCAGCAGAUACGCUUAGACGCAGAAGAUCCUUCAAGUCAGUGGCUGAGGUACUAAGGCACCACAACAUCCCCUAUAGAUGGGGCUACCCGGCGAAACUCCUCACCACGGCAUCAACCCCAGCGGAAGGGCUAGAUCUCCUGCACAAAUGGGGCCUUGUCCAGAACCUACACCACGCAAGCUCAAGCACGGCACCAGGGGCUGACUGGCGCCCACAAAGGCAACGACGAGCGGCGCAAAGAGAGGAAGAUCGCUGACCUCCCAAGGACUAGCAAGUGUUCUUUUGUUUUCUAUAUUGUAUUAUGUUAAUAAGUUAAUUUAAAUGUUGUUGACAAUCCCAUGCUGGGGCUUAAAUCUACCCAUACCCUGGGCAAUAACCGCAUUAUGCCACACUACUGUCGACACAAACUAACUCGAAGGGCACAGUAAAAGGAUGUCGGGCACGGCCACGACUGGGCCUACUAGCCCGCAAGACCCAGUCAUAACCCUUGGAGAAUCAUAAAAAUUUGAUCCAGUAAGGGUGACGAUAUGUAUGGUGCUACGAGUGACGUACCACCUCGAUAACUACCCCUCCCGAAACGAAUAGGCCCGUAGUGGGAGACAGCACCCAACUGGGGCACGGAAACUCUCCUGCCCGCAGCGCCGGGAACUAGGGUACUGAAGGGUCAGGACGGGGGGACUAAUGGGACAUGCUGCUCUUACACACCCGACAGGAGGCCCAACUCUAUCAAAGUGUAUUGAGAAUGCCCACCUCAGCCCCUAAAGCACAUGUUGAGGACACAAAGGGUACCAUGAUGUAUUGUUUUGCGAUAUUUAACUGAUGCAUUGUGAUGUAUAUAGUAGAGAUCGAUGAGCAUGUGAUAGAAAUGACAAUGCCACGUUGUUUGUACAGACCGAACCCCCGCAUGACGAAUAGGCACACUUAGGCCUCAGUUGAAUGUGACCGCAUACACGACAUCUCGCAACCCCAGGGCAAACAAUAGGCCCCGAAUGAAACGGCCUACCAUACUAGACUGGCCGCAUCCUCCCCCUAGCAUAUCCUCCUAAAUAUUGACCGAGGAACCGAUACAUGAACCACCACAGUUGGGUUCACUCCCCAACCGCAACAAUGCCCAACUCUGAACCAAGAUGAAGCCCACAGAGAAAAACCCUUGUAAACACCCAACGGGAAAAGCCUACACACAACGAGCCCAAGACAGCCAUCAGCUGGACCCGACCCGACCACUCUACCCCCAAAGAAGAAUAUCCUUGAAAGUGACCAUUGUGUUAUAUUUUAGUUUAUUGUUAGACUCUCCUUCCUUAAUUUUCAUCACCCAAUUACGGCACCCAGUUGGUGCCCCCCCUUAAAUACCGGGACACAUCGCGACCACUGAUUGCGCCUGUCAUCCAAGGCGGGACACAUCGAGACCACACUCACUCCUCACCCACAACUCGAAGACUCCCUAGCGGCAGUACCCUCACACCAGACAAACACGCAUAACGGCCACCACGUGGCGACUUGACAUAAACAAAAUAAAUCUAAAGAUCUCGCACAAAGGGCCACGCUACUCCCAUUGACCCUUGUAGUCAGUCUACAAUGAAAGUGUACACGCACAAUAUUAGGGGACUAAACACACCCCACAAACAAUAUAACCUUCUCAAGGAAAUUCGUAACUCACAAGCCGACAUUAUCUGCCUGCAGGAAACCCAUUUCAGGCACGACUCCUCACCCACCCUAGGGCUCAAACACUACCCUCACCAAUACCAUGCCACAUCCCCAUCCAAAAGUAGAGGAGUCUCGAUCUUAAUAAGCCACACACUGGUGUAUGACCAAAUCGCAGUCCAAACCGACCCACAGGGCAGAUAUAUCAUCCUCCUAUGCACACUGAACAACACUACAUACACACUAGCUAACGCAUACUUUCCGAAUGACAAUCAACCCAGUUACAUGUCCACACUAUUGGACAAAAUAGAGCAAAUACGCACUGAUCCUAUGCGGAGAUUUCAACCACAUCCUGGACCCACAAGCAGACUCAACGGCGAGUCACACGCUCAAAAGAAAUAAGCUCCUGCACAAACAAUGCACCUCUCUAAACAAAACACUAGCCUCACACGGACUAUACGACAUAUGGAGAACCCUCCACCCGAACAAUAGGGAAUAUACCCACCACUCACAAGUACACAACACGUACUCCCGCAUAGAUGGAUACCUAAUGCUUAGCGCACACCUUCACCAGAUCGACACCUGUGAGAUAAGCACCUCAACCAUCUCGGACCAUAACCCGGUGAUACUCACCCUCAUAGACCUCAUAGACCUAUACCAAUACAAGCACCGCAGUCCUUGCUUAAUGACCCUGAAUUCACGGCCAAACUCCGCCACGAAAUCCAGCAGUACUUCACAACCAACGAUAUCACAGGAACAAACCCAGCUGCGCUAUGGCUUGCGCACAAAACGGUCAUCUGGGGACUUCUACUCAGCAGAGCAUCCUACCUCAAGAAAUCGACCCACGCGAACCUGCUCAACCUCCUUAAACAAUUCCAAGACCUCCAUAGAGAGAAUCAAGUGAAUCCCUCUCGGAAUCUCCAACUGCAAAUACAGAUAGUACAAGACGACAUCAAAACAAUCCAACUUAGGAAAGCCAGUAUUGCACUGAAAAAACUCAAGGCUACCUCCUACUCCAUGGGAAACAAGGCAACGAAAACACUGGCUCAAAGGCUAUGAGCAAAACAAGCACACACGCGAAUUCCAUACCUAAACACACACUCAGGGCACAAAGUCAUGCAACCCACACAGAUUUGUAACGAAUUCUCACAUUACUACACCACAUUAUACAACCUAAAAGACCGAGAAAACCAGACCCAACCCACCCCUUCAUCCAUACGUACAUACUUAGCAAAACUAAACCUCCCCAAACUCCUAGCGCAUCAAGCAGAAAGCCUAUGCGCCCCUAUCACCACAGAUGAAGUUCUCAGCCAGGUAGACAAAAUGCCAAAAGGGAAAGCACCGGGCCCAGAUGGCUACACCAACUUGUACUAUAUUACCUUCAAACACGAACUGAUCACAGCCCUCACUAGCUUUUACAAUGAGGCCGCCCGACUUGAAUCCUUCCCAACGGAGUUCUUAUCAGCCCACGUUAUCACCAUCCCCAAGUCGGGUAAACCCCCCACCACAAGCGAAAAUUUCAGACCAAUAUCCCUUUUAAACGCUGACGCAAAAUUAUAUGCUAAAAUAUAUGCAGAACGUCUCCUAUCGACACUAAUCCACACGGACCAAGUGGGGUUCGUGGCAGGCAGACAGGGACCGGACAACACCAGGUGCUGAACCUAUACAAAAUCCUGAAGAGCACCAAACAACCAAGUGUCCUGGUAUCCCUCGACGCCGAAAAGGCAUUCGACCGCCUAAACUGGCGCUUCCUCCAUGAAACCCUACAAGCUUACGGCCUCCCUGCCCCCUUCCUAUCCGCAGUUAACGCACUAUACAGCGCACCCACGGCAACAGUACUGAACUCCGGGUUCUGCUCACGAGCUUUCCCCAUAACAAAUGGGACCCGACAAGGAUGCCCUCUAUCCGCUCUCCUCUACGUGCUAGCCUUGGAACCCUUGGCUAUAGCGAUCCGCAAUAAUGACAAUAUACAUGGGGUACCGACUGGCAAUACAGAAUAUAAACUCAGCUUAUUUGCCGAUGACAUCCUCCUUACGCUCACACAGCCACUCAUAUCACUCCCAUCCCUACACACGGAACUACAUGCAUACAGCCAACAGUCCUACUACAAGCUCAAUGUCACCAAAACGCAAGCAAUGUGCCUCAACAUUCCAAAACCCAUGGAAGACACGCUCAAAGCAAGCCACCACUUCGAUUGGAGAGAAGAUUUCCUAGUGUACCUAGGCAUCAAAAUAACACGCAAAGAAAAGGAUCUCUUCCCAGCUAACUCCUCGAAAUUGUUAAGACAUUGACACCCAAUUACAAACGUGGAGAAGCCUGUUCUUGUCCUGGGUGGGGAGAAUAGCGGCGCUGAAGAUGACAAUUCUACCUAAAAUCCUCUACCUCUUCCGAUCUCUGCAAAUUCCAAUCCCACAAAGCUACAUAACAAAACUACAAGCAACCCUUCUACGCUUCAGCUGGGGAGGCAAACACCCUCGACUCCCCAAAUCGCUACUAAUGAGAAAUGUGAAAUUCGGAGGACUGGGCCUCCCCAACAUUAAAGAGCAACCACUGCGGGAAUCAAGACCUCGCGACGCUGCUCUGGAUGCCUCAACACUUACGGCACACACCCGCGACCACCCUAGACACCUCCAGACACUUACUCAAGAUAUGGGAUGCCUGUAGGGACAAACUGUGCUCGGCGCACCCGUGGACCUUGGCAACCCUGAUCCAAAUCCUGCACCAAUGCAACGGAACAUUCCCAUACCAAAAAUGGAGUAACGCAGGAAUCACUCAUAUCUACCAUCUAUGCACGAAAGAAGGACUAAAAACCUUCCCAGACCUACGAAAAGAAUUCCUACUGCCUUCAAGGUUCACGUUCGCAUACCUCCAAAUCAAAGCGCUCCUAAGCAACAACAAGAUCACGAACAUCCAAAACUCACUGCAAACCUCUAUUACGAAAUUUGAAACUCAAUGCUUGUCGCUGAAUCCCCCCCAAAAAAGCAGUCUCUCUUUGCUACAACAACCUCGCUAACCGAGAUGUAAACGCCACAUGGAAGUUCAUGCAAGACUGGCAGAACGACCUUCAAAUCACCAUCACUGUCAGGCUCCCGCGGGCGGCUAUGAGGGGAGGCUGCACUCUGCUCGCAGUACUCACCCUCCAGCCGUCCGCGGUCCCCUCCGCCUCGUGGGUACGGCGAGCUGUAUCCUUCCAGCCUCGGAUGCCGCCCGCCGUUCCCUCCACGUCCCCCAGCGGCAGCAUGCAUGACGCUGCACGCUGGGAGACCGCCCAGGUUUAUACACGCCGGGGUCAGUCACCUGACCCGGCGUUAAAGGCACAGUGCCUCAAUCACAGUGGGAGGUCUAAAUAUCUCCCACGUGUGAUUGUUAAUUCUGAUUGGAAAUUAUUCAAUCAGAAUUAACCUGAUGGUUUAAAUACUUACCUUUCCUGUUCCUCCCUGCCCUGUUGUGGUCUUUGCUUGCUAGUAUUGCUACUUACCUUGUGCUUCUGGUUACGUACUCUCUGGCUUGUUUAUCUGACUCUGUGACUUUCUCCUACCCUUUGACCUCGGCUCGUUUCACGUUAUUCUGUCUUCUGGUUCCCCUUUACUCGGCUUGUCUCCUGACUAUUCUGUGUGUGCUUAGCCCGGCCACUCUAAGGUCCUGAACCCAUGCAGUUGGGUUUCUUACGGGGUUAACUGAGGCCGAAAGAGCGUACCGUAGAAGGGAGGGGUUAUGCCUUUAUUGUGGGAAGAGGGGGCAUCACUGUAAAGCCUGCCCUAAAGUACAGGGAAACUGCAGCACCUAAGGCCUAGAGAGGGGUCGGCCUCGGGUGUUAUGACUUUGUCCCCUCAUAUGUCCAUCUCUAGACCGUUUAUUACGGUUUCUCUCUUGGUCAAUAAAACCACUAUAACAACCAAAGCCCUGAUCGAUUCGGGUGCGGCAGACAACCUUAUGGAUGAGACCUUUGCCAAAACCGCAGCCCUGAAUUUGAUCCGAAAGGAGACACCCUUGGCCGUUGAGGCCAUAGAUGGUAGACCACUGGAGAAACCUCUGGUGACCCAUGAAACCCAGGAAAUAGUUAUGUCUGUGGGUGUUUUGCACAAGGAGAAGUUAACCUUCCAAAUAAUUGACUCCCCAACAGCCUCCAUCGUUCUAGGUUUUCCCUGGUUAGUUAAACACAACCCUGUUCUUGAUUGGGGUUGUUUAGACAUACUCUCCUGGGGGGAAUCUUGUCAGCGAGACUGUAUGGCUCAUGUACGUCCUGUCUGUUUACUUAACGUGCCCACGGCUAAACCACUCUCGGUUUCUGUUCCCUCUGUUUAUGCAGACCUUGCCUUGGUUUUUGAAAAGAGGGAGGCAGAUAAGCUACCUCCACAUCGUGAGUAUGAUUGUGCCAUAAACCUCUUACCGGGCACUAUGCCUCCUAGGGGAAAGGUCUACCCUCUUUCUGAAAAAGAGAACCAGAUCAUGGAGGAGUACAUACAGGAAUCCCUAAGAAAAGGUUUUAUUAGAAGGUCCUCCUCUCCUGCUGGUGCUGGUUUCUUUUUUGUGGCUAAGAAGGAGGGCGAUUUGAGGCCAUGUAUAGACUACAGGGGUCUGAACAAUAUAACGGUUAAAAACGCCUACCCUAUCCCCCUCAUCACUGAGUUGUUUGAUCGUGUUAAAGGUUCUAAAUUCUUCACCAAAUUAGACCUCAGGAGGGCUUAUAACCUUGUCCGUAUAAAGGAGAAUGACGAGUGGAAGACAGCGUUCAACACACGCAGUGGGCAUUACGAAUAUCUGGUCAUGCCUUUUGGAUUGUGUAAUGCUCCUGCCGUGUUUCAGGACCUCAUAAAUGAUGUCCUUAGGGAUCUAUUGCAUGUCUGUGCUGUAGUGUACCUUGACGACAUACUUGUGUAUUCUCCUGAUUUGAAGUCACACCAUAACCAUGUUAGGAUGGUGCUCAAAAGGCUAUUGCAGAACGGACUCUACUGUAAGUUAGAAAAAUGUUUAUUCGAUCAGACCUCUGUGCAAUUCCUAGGAUAUAUCAUUACUGAACAGGGUUUCAGUAUGGAUCCUGCUAAAUUGGAAGCUAUAAUGUCCUGGCCACUUCCCCAAGGACUAAAGGCUAUCCAGCGUUUUAUAGGAUUUGCCAACUAUUAUAGGAAAUUUAUAAAAAACUUUUCACCACUCAUAUCUCCCAUAACGAAGUUGACAAAAAAAGGUCUACAUCCUAGGGUUUGGACUCCUGAAGCCCUUAAGGCCUUCGAAACCCUCAAGAAGGCAUUUGCCUCUGCUCCAGUGCUGCACCACCCUGAUCCUUCUCUUCCCUUUGUUAUGGAAGUAGACGCCUCGGAGUCAGGUGUGGGAGCCGUACUGUCACAGAGGUUGUCUUAUGACAAACCCCUCCAUCCCUGUUGUUAUUUUUCUAAAAGGUUGUCUGAUUCAGAGAAGAAUUACGAUGUUGGGAACAGGGAAUUAUUAGCUAUUGUGUUAGCUUUCAAGGAAUGGAGGUACUUAUUAGAGGGUUCUAGACACAAAAUUAUGGUUAUAACAGAUCAUAAGAAUCUAUCCUAUAUUGCUGAUGCUAGAAGGUUAUCUGCCCGGCAGGCUAGAUGGUCUCUAUUUCUCUCACGCUUCCAAUAUGUUAUCACCUAUAGACCUGGUUGCCGUAAUGCCAAAGCUGACGCUAUCUCUCGGCAGCAUGAACCAGUAGAAUUUGUUAACCCGACUCCUGAACCUAUUGUACCUGCGUCUCAGAUAAUAGCUGCUACCCGUUUGGUUGUUUCUUCACCUUUCCUUAAUAGUAUUAAGACAUACCAAACCCAGGCACCCCCUGAGACGCCGGUUGGUAAACUAUACGUUGAAGCUAAUGACAGAAAAAAGUUGUUAACUUUAUUUCACACAGCCAAAACUGCUGGUCAUCCGGGGGUUACCAAAACCUACAAGGGCCUCCUUCAACAGUUAUGGUGGCCUUCACUCAAGCGAGACGUAGUGGAUUUUGUUCAGGCUUGUCAGGUCUGCACGCAAUGUAAGUCCCUUAAUGUGAGACCCCAGGGUUUUAUGAUGCCUCUAUCUAUACCCAAGAAACCAUGGACCCACUUAUCCAUGGAUUUCAUUGUAGACCUGCCUCUUUCUGAUGGUCAGACGGUGAUACUGACUGUGACGGAUAGGUUCUCUAAAAUGGCGCACUUCGUUCCGCUUAAGAAACUGCCUUCUGCGGUUGUUAGCUCAGGUGUUUGCCAAAGAAGUGUUCCGAUUGCAUGGGGUACCCCAGGAUAUCGUAUCUGACAGGGGCCCUCAAUUUGUCUCUCGGUUCUGGAGGGGCUUUUGUGCUGAGAUGGGGGUCUCCUUGUCGUUCUCUUCCUCCUAUCACCCGCAAUCUAAUGGUGCGGCCGAACGUGCUAAUCAGUCUGUGGAAUUGUAUUUGCGCUGCUUCACUAAUGCGCACCAGGAUGACUGGUCUCGCCUUCUUCCGUGGGCUGAAUUUGCCAGGAAUACGGUGUCUCAUUCGUCUACUGGCUUAAGUCCUUUUGAGGUUGCUUAUGGGUUUCGUCCUUCUGUCCUUCCCGGUGCGUUCUCCGACAAGGGAAUGCCCGCCUUGGACCAGCACCUCGCCUCUUUGCGGAAGACGUGGGAUCAGGUCCAUGUUGCGCUGUCUCGUUCAGCAGCUGCUCAGAAAAAGUUUGCUGAUCGCCGUAGGGUUGCGGCCCCUUCUUAUCUUCCGGGUGAUAGGGUAUGGUUGUCCUCCCGGAACCUCCGUCUCAAGGUUCCCUCGAUGAAAUUUGCCCCAGGUUUCUUGGUCCCUUCAAGGUGUUACGUAGGGUUAACCCCGUUUCCUACUCCCUUGAUCUGCCUCCUUCCAUGCGUGUCCCGAACACGUUUCACGUCUCGCUUUUGAAGCCCUUGCUGUGUAACCGAUUCUCUCGUCCCCUCGGGCGGCCCGUUUCCCCUCGAGCUGUCUCUGACGAUGUGUACGAGGUGGCUGCCCUUCUCGACUCUCGUGUUUCUAGGGGUCGGCUGCAAUAUUUGGUGGACUGGAAGGGGUACGGCCCUGAGGAGCAGUCCUGGGUUUCAAGCUCCGAUGUGCACGCUCCCUCUUUGGUCCGCUCCUUUCAUGCCCGCUUUCCUUUGAAGCCUUCCGCUUCCCACCCCCUGGGUGGUCUUCGAGGGGGGGGUAAUGUCAGGCUCCCGCGGACGGCUGCGAGGGGAGGCUGCACUCCGCUCGCAGUACUCACCCUCCAGCCGUCCGCGGUCCCCUCCGCCUCGUGGGUACGGCGAGCGGCAUCCUUCCAGCCUCGGAUGCCGCCCGCCGUUCCCUCCACGUCCCCCAGCGGCAGCAUGCAUGACACUGCACGCUGGGAGACCGCCCAGGUUUAUACACGCCGGGGUCAGUCACCUGACCCGGCGUUAAAGGCACAGUGCCUCAAUCACAGUGGGAGGUCUAAAUAUCUCCCACGUGUGAUUGUUAAUUCUGAUUGGAAAUUAUCCAAUCAGAAUUAACCUGAUGGUUUAAAUACUUACCUUUCCUGUUCCUCCCUGCCCUGUUGUGGUCUUUGCUUGCUAGUAUUGCUACUUACCUUGUGCUUCUGGUUACGUACUCUCUGGCUUGUUUAUCUGACUCUGUGACUUUCUCCUACCCUUUGACCUCGGCUCGUUUCACGUUAUUCUGUCUUCUGGUUCCCCUUACUCGGCUUGUCUCCUGACUAUUCUGUGUGUGCUUAGCCCGGCCACUCUAAGGUCCGGUACGGCACCUUUUGUGUGUGUGUGUGUGUGUGUGUGUGCCAGCGUGUUGGGUUCCCCGAAUCGUGACAAUCACUCCAUCCGAAUGGGAAAGGAUUUUCACCUCCCAUGUAGGGCUAACAUCAAGCGCAGCACAUCUUGAAACAUCCCGGAAACUCCUAUACAGAUGGUACAUGGUCCCAACUCGACUUCACACCGUAUUCCCAACCUCAUCAGAUCAGUGCUGGCGCUGCCACGCUACUAGAGGCACCAUGCUGCACAUGUGGUGGACGUGCAAGCAGGUGAACCGCCUGUGGAAAGAAACAGCUAAACUAAUCAAACGAGUCACGAACCUCCAACUACCUCACGACCCCAAAACGAUCCUACUCCGCUCGAUACCAGGAAACACCCCGAAACCGAUUCAAAAAAUUAUAUACCUCAUACUAAGCACUGUGUCCAUACUAAUAACCAGAAACUGGAAAGCAACUACACUGCCCUCGCUCCAAGAAAUAGAAAAUGUAAUGACCUCAACGGUAGAACAUGAACUAAUAAUGUGGAACCAAGCGAAAAUUGGGAAACUCAGCCCCCACAUCGCCACAAUGUGGAGGGACUACCUACAACGAACCAACACAGGACUGACCUGAGCCCCAACACCCAAAAGUGACAAAUUCUCACGAACCAGGCACACUCUCUGCCCGAGAACACAACCACCCCACACCCUCAUCCCAAACACUCAGCAAGGCACCACACAGCGCUUCAGACAUACUGACGUUACAGAUGCUAUACAUCACAGGAGGUCCCCCGCUCGGUAUUCCUACCAUCAUUCCCUACCCCAACCCACACACCCAGUUUCUCCCCACAUCUCUUGACCCCCACCCCCCCCAAUACCCACCCCAGUCAGACACAUCUAAGUAACUAACCCACAACUCUGCACGCUGGCGAAGUCCUCUCAAACUUAGACCAAGCCGUGAAAGGACGCGUAAAACACGAACAUCCCCAUUGUCGCGCACACGAACAACACUCUCAUUACAGAGGACACCUACCACAUAGUAUACCCUACGAAAGACCACAGGGUUAAUAACGUAACAGACACAUGACGACAAUGUAGGGGUUGAACAAUUGGCAAUACCUCCUCAACCUUCCGAACUACGCCCUUACUUUAACAUGAAGCUACCAUGAUGUACGAAAUGUGAUUGUGUCACCCCCAUGCUAUGUAUGCAUUCCCUCUUCUCUUCUGUACCCCAUACCUUUAUUUCAAAGAUAAUAAUAAUUUUAAAUUGGGAAAAAAAAAGAAUAAUCUUCAUUACAGUUCCUAGAAUCUCCAGUGUCCACAAAGGAUAUGGUGUAUACUGAGACUUUUGCAAAAAUUUGUUACAGUUGGUUCGUUGAAUUCAAAAUAGUUAAAUCUUACCCAAACUAAUCCAUAUGUCCAGGAAAUAACUUAUUUUCCAGAUGUUAAGGUGUGGAUUAAAAGGAGUUUUAUUUGGAUGAACUGGUCAAAGUGAUUUUUUUUUUUUUUUUUGCAUUGCACUAACCCGCACCAUUAUAAACUCUACUUUAAUGACACUAUGUUCUUGUGUUGAACCACUACAGUCUAACUAGCAUGGCCCUCAGUAGAUGCUGCUCACUGUUUUCAAUAAUGCAAUAAUGAGUCUCCCAUAAAUAACUGUGUGACUUUAUAAUAUUUGUUUUAUCUGUUUUUUUUUUUUUUUUCUUUUUUCGUUUUUUUCUCCAUAGCCAAAGGCAAACCAUAAUUGCUCCAAAAUGGCGGCUUCAGUACACCCAGAUUCGCCCAGUUCUCCAUUGCAUGUUGUUUCCCCACUGAGUAAAUCUUUCCCUCAAAUCCCAAGUCCAAAAAGAAGGCAUCAUUGUGGUCGAGACCGGGGCCACUGGAAUACUGCCAGUCUGACAGGUAAACCUCAUGUGUAAACUGCACAAACAUCACCUGGAGAUCAGAACAGUCUAAACACCAUAACCACUGCAACUUGCUGUGCCACUACACAGUACCCUUGUGCCUCCCACUCCCAAGUGUAAGUAGUCACACUGUUUAUGAGUUUUGACUUCUUACCUGAGGUCCUCUUGUCACCACUCUACUCCUAAAUAAGGUCCCAGCAAUAUAAUCAUUACAGUAGCAGUGAUUAUGGUGUUUGGAGGUUUUGUAUAUAUUCACACUUAAAGCUCUUACUGCGUUUUAUUCUGAGGAACACCGAAACAAAUUUUAUGUUUUAUUCUAUUUUUUUAGGAGAAGAUUGGAGCUCUUAUAGUCUGUCUUCAGCAAAUGGUCACAAUCUGUCCCGAUCACCUUUGGGUACUGCAAGUGGUAUUCCCACCCCAGAUGAUAGCACUUCGUUCUCGCCCAUUUAUGGGCGCAGUGCAAGCAGAGCUGUUCUGACAAUCUGCACAAAGACUUCUCAGGUACUGGUUAAAAUUCCCAGAUUUUACUAUUAACGUGACGUAAAGUCAUGAUUUUAUUAAUGACACAGAAGCGAGUAUUAUGCAUUCUCUUUCUUUAUUAUACUCCCAGCAGCAAGAAAAGGAAGUAUGAGAGAAUCAUAGAAAAAAACAUAACAGCCUGGUAACAGUGGCACCAAUCAGCAUCCAGUACUAUCCAUAUGGGUGUGGUGAUCCUUGACUCCUCCUCUUUCUGCAUAGAUCCCGAAGACCAUAUUGUAAGUUCCAAAAUAUUCCAACAAACACGAAUUCCUGAAACAAAACCAUAACCGGAAAUUCAACAGGGAACAGCUUCAACCGCCAACUCUCACAGGUGUAUUCAAGCUAAAAAAGAAGAAAUAUAUGGUAAUAUCGAAACUUGUGACUGCUAUUCCACAACUAUCCAACUCGUCCACUAUGUUAUUCAAUCACCAUAAGUAUCAUAGAAGUAUAUUCAUCACAUACCUUACUCACCUUCGUGUCGUGUAUGACAUUGUACCUACCGUAUCGUGUCAUUCCAAAGGCCCCAUGACUGACCUGUAACUUAAUCAAUAGAUUAGAGGAGUUGAUACUGGUAGAUGAGGUACUCUGAACGAGAUGAAUAAUGGAUGGGUUCGAUCUGAACGGAGCGAGCUCGUGCGGCGCUCGUAUUCCUUAAGGCAUAACACUGGGCACAGAUUUGGGUUGUCUGGAAACAGGUAGAAAACCUCCUUAGUCGCAGAUUUCGUCCUACGUGAAAUAUUAAAGGAUACUCCGUUAGGAACAAAAGCGCGUGCUUGCCAAUCCAAUGCUCUGAUAUUAGCAACCCGUUUACAUGAAAGUAAACAAAACCGCAUCAACAGCUUAGCUGAUAAUUGUUUAAGAGAAAGUUCGUGAUUCAAAGGCCAAGACUCGAGAAAACGAAAAAUCACAUUAACAUCCCAGAAGGAAGAAUACAGAGCCUGAGGGGGUCGAGCAAACCGGAUGCCUUUGAGCAAACGACAGAUGAGGGCAUGUUUACGUAUUGGAGUACCAUCCAAUCCCAUAUGUCUCGCCGAUAUAGCUGAUCUGUACAGAUUUAUAGUCCGAAAGGCUUUUCCUUCUUCAAAGAGUAGAGUCAAGAAUUUUAACAGGAGCUGAUAUGGGAUCCACUGAUUGUCCCAUGCACCAAUCAGUCCACUUCCUCCUAGCCAACCCGUAGGAACGUCUGGUGCCCAAGACUCUGCCAAGAGACUGAGUGUCGUCUGCGAAACCUCCUAGAGAUUCCAUGUUCUCCUGAAAGGAGCCAUGCCAUCAGAUGAAGUAGAGCCUGGUCGAUCAACUCGUGACUCAUUCCCUCUGGAUUGGUCAGGAGGUAAGGUAUGUCCGGCAACAGCCGUGGGAAAUCUAUCGACAUUUCUAGAAACUGUGGAAACCAAGGUUGUGACCUCCAUAUCGAGGUUAUCAGAACUAGAGUCCCUGUGGAAUAGCGAUGGCAUGCAAGGGUCCGAGAGAUUAGGUUGAAAGGUGGAAAAGCUUAAUUCUUGCCCUUGGUCCAGUCUUGUAAGAAUGCGUCUGUCGCCAGAGCAUCUGGGUCUGGUCUCCAACUGAAGAACUGAGGGAGUUGGGUGUUCAGUCGAGACGCAAAGAGAUCUAUGUUGAAAGGGGAAAACGGUAAAAUGAGCGAUCGUGCAUGCGCAGACUGUAUGAAACCGCGGACAAACGGUGAGCGGCUAAGGUCAGCCCUGCUGCACCACUAAUAAAACUGAAUGAGCAGGGAAAGAAAAGAGUAAAACACUACUCAGAAGUAUGGACAGGAGGGAAAACCAGGGUCCCAGAGACCCCAAUAGGCAGCACUCCCAGAUACCAGCAGGAAAUAAACCAGCAAUAACAGUGAGCAUUAACAUACACUAAGCCAAAAAUUCUGUCACAAAAUACACAAACCUGUAUGAAAAUCACAGGAGUAGCAAGAGAUGAGGUACUUACCUUGUCUGAGGGAGCAGCAAGAAAGAGGAGGAGUCAAGGAGCACCACACCCAUAUGGAUAGUACUGGAUGCUGAUUGGUGCCACUGUUACCAGGCUGUUAUGUUUUUUUUCGAUGAUUCUCUCAUACUUCCUUUUCUUGCUGCUGGGAGUAUAAUAAAGAAAGAGAAUGCAUAAUAGGAGCCUCCGUGUCUUUAAUAAAAUUUCGAUUUUUACUGCAGUACAGCUAGCUAGCAUUUCAUAUACAAAAAGUAAAGAGACAUUGUUUUGUGUAAAUGAAAAAUGACUACAAUACUGUACGUUACAAUAAUGUACGUUCAAAGUGUAUGUUGGGUUUCUUUCCUGUCUCCUACUAAAGAGUUACUCCUACAACAUUUAUCAUUUUUAGAAAACCAAUUUUAAUUCCCACAGCAGUAUAUCAGGAUGGAUGGAUGUCUCCAAACUGUGUAUUCAGUCAGAUGUAUACAAAUUUUCUAUGCAGUAUAGGAGAAAAUAGAGGGACAGGAACCCCCAAUUGAAUAGUAUCUCAAACAAUUUAUUAACAUAAAAGGUUACAAACUCUUACUUUGGUAGUAGUGGUGGGUAUGCCAGCAAAUUUUGUGUGUGUGUGUGUGUGUGUAUAUAUACAAAAUGUUCAAGUUAAGGCUGUGGGAACUAUCCCUCUCAAGUGGAGCAUUUCAAACCCAGAGCCAGGGGUGAUAGGGCUCUGGUACAUGUGAUUUAUCAUUUUUAGGACUAUUAAACUUGUAUAGAAAAUGCAUAUUUUUGUUUUUGCAGAUUUUGAUGGCCAAUGAUAAAGCCUGCAGACUCUUUGGAUACAGUAGUUUAGAGCUGAUUGGGAUGAGCCUCUCUGUGCUAAUCCCUGCUUCCAGUCACAGGAUUUCUGAGGAGCUACAAGAGGAGCUUACGGAGGGUGAUGGACUUUCACGGGUACCAGGGGAAGUGGUAAGUAAAGUGUAGCAUCACUUGGCUCUUAUACUCAAGCUCUUGACAUUUUGGUGAAAAAAAGUGCAAUUCUGGGCAAAGUUUGAAAAGUAGUAUCAAAAGCAGAUCCCGCAUAAUACUCGUUAUGGUGAAUGUGCCAUUUUUAGAAUUGUGACCUACAGUUGAGUUUGUGUACAAUGAUCAUUGAAUGUCUUUUUAUCAGGUUGAAGCUGUGCGCUCUGGGGGAGAGGUGAUUAUACUGCGCAUGUGGAUACGAAGAGUUAAGAACCAAUGUCUGCUGUUUUUAGAGAAUAUACAAAGAAUCACUGCUACACUGUCAUUUCAGCAGGAUGUGAGUAUUAUCGACUUAAACACUUUACACUUUGUCUCUUGAGGGAUGCUAUCAUCCAAUCCAUCAGACAACUGACCCUCUGAAGAUUUAUUGAGGUUUAGGUUGAUGCUAGUGGGGCUUUUUGACCCUCCAACCCUCAUCUUAACCAUUUUUUUUACCUCCUGCUAUACUUUUUUUUUUUUGGGGGGGGGUUCAUUCUAUAUUGAGGUGCAACUUUGUUGUUCCUGCACCUAGUCACUUAAUGUGCUUCUAUUGUGGGACACUGUUGCUAAUGUUUCCCUAAGCAUUAUUUAGUCUCUCCCCAUCAUGGCUGUAUUAGUCCUUUUAAUUAUUCUAAUUACUUCCUAGAGUUAAUAUAGGUGACGUUAUCUAGUUAGUGGGCAAACCGUUUUAAAACUGUUUGUCCUCUUACUUGGUCAUGCCAGGCUCAGAGGGUCCUAUAAAGCAGGGUUUAGGACAUCCCACUUCUACAAAACUGCAAAAGCUAGAUGCCGAUCCUGCCAAUAUAGCUUACUUAGGGUUGUCCAAGAGGGAGAAGUACAACUUCUACACUUAAAUUUUUUUUUUAAAUUUUUUUUCUUUCUUUUUUUUUUUAAAUAGAGCCCAAAAGAAAUUAUUCUUGUAAUUUGUUUAGCUUUUUUUUUUUUUUUGGACGGAGAGGGGGGGAGUGUGAAACCUUGGCUUGUGUCUUGCAAUUAUUGCUGAACUAGUAUCUGCAGCUACUAUAAGCCCUCCCCUUUUUCCCCAGCCCAGACUUUUUGUGGUUGUUCAAUCACAGACUUCCCAAUGCAGCUCAGUGAGACGUGUUGGCAAGCCAAGGUGCUCUGAGCCAUUGUCGCAUUUUGAGGUUUAGCUCCACUGAGCUAAAAAUCCAGGUAAUGACAAGAACAGUUGUAUGACUGACAGCCGGGAAGGUGUAACAAGGCUUAUUUAUAAAAGAGCAGCUUCCUGUUGAAAUUAGCAAUUUUUUAAAAAUAAAACAGAGGGGCACACACAAACCACUUUACCAAACUGAAAUGCUUUAUGUGUUUGGGAUGUUUCUUUAAUUUUUGAGGUUACUAUUUUUACCACCCCUUUUUUUUUUUUUUCAUUUCCUGGUCAGUCCUGCAAUAACUUUAUACUUCUUUUUUUUCUAGGGAAGGAUUGUGUCCUGUGAUAACAUAUGUGCACGGUUGUAUGGCUAUAUGGACCCUGAGGAACUAUUAGGACAGCGCCUGGUUGACUUAUUGCCCUCCAUUCAUUACCCACUUCCUGGGAGAGAGAUGCCACAGGUACCAAUAUGCUUGUGAUUUACAGAAAUUAUGUUGACCUACUUAAAUUCAUAUUAUGCAACCCUGCAGCAUAAACAUACUUUGAUCUAAAAAGCACUAUGCAUGAGUCAUAAUGGGUAAAAUCUCAAAGGCCUGCUUAAGAUAUACAUCACUGCAAGCACUUGUAAAAUAAUAUGGAGAACCCAACAAGCAUUUAAUAGUUUGCAGUAGUUGUCUUCUGGAAAGCUUGUAAUGAUAUCUUAAGGGCACACUUCAGACAGCAACACAAUUUAAGUGCAUUUGAUAGGUUUUGGUCUCCUAUUCUUAAUAUAUCCUGUAUUUUUAGUUUUAAAGAAAAAUAAAACUUUUAAAAAAAAGCAAAACAAAUAAAAUGUAACUCAUAAUUAUCCAUCUGGUUCUUUCUAAAUCUCCGAAGUAACCAUUCUGCUUUAAUUUACAGCUACAUGGCCAUCUCAUUUAAAGGGUCCCAACAGAUUGAACGUUUAAAGAGAUUAGGACUGAUAAAUGAGAAUAGAAUUAUCAUUCUUGUAUUGGUGUUUAAGAAGACAAAACACCCCAUUUUAUUAAUAGCAAAUACAUUGUUAAAGUAUCUCGCAAAUAAUAUACUGUAAUUCUGUUUCAGAGUAUAAGACAGCAGAGAAUAGUCGGUAUAACACGUGAUGGAGCAACCUUCCCGCUCACUUUAAAUCUACUAGAGAAUCCGUUGGAAGGCGUCCCUGGAGUGGAGGAAUAUUGCGCUAGACUCCAUGUCCUGUCCUCUAUCAGUGGCCUGAUCACCCUGCGUCCAGAUGGAUCCAUACAUGGACUGAAUGGUAGUUUUUCGGCUGCUCUGUUUGGCUACGACUCAACACAACUUUUAGGGAAGGUGAGUAUUAACCAAUGCCAUUUCCUUUCUUUUUUUUUUUCUCCUUUUUUAAAAUUAUUUUUUUUUAUUUUUCAGAUACACAUUUAAAAAACAAAAAAACAAAACACAGUACAAGGACAGCGUUGGUCCUAUAAUAGCCCUGAAGCCAAUGUGUUUUGGAACACUUUGAGGUAGCAUGAAGGAAACUGGUUGAAAACAACUGCUCUAGAUAAAAAAAAAAUUAAAAAAAAUAAUUCAUAAUUGGUAACCAAAUUUGCAAAAUUCAACCUAAAAAAAGAUAGAAAAAAACAAUCUCCAAAAUUUAUUAAAAUAGUUUUUCAGUUCACCACAAUGCUUUGUUUAUGAAAUUCAUUUGUUCAUUUCAUUUUGUCCAUAACAAAAGGCUUACAGGCCAGAAUCGUCCUACUCCCAAUUUAGCCAGGUGCUAGACAAGAUAAGAAAUGGCUUUGUAAUCAGCCCAUGAUUGUCAGUUUAAUACAAUUUAUAUUGCUGUGCAAUGUCCUUGCAUGAAAUAACUGUUCUCAAGGCAGCUGGUUUGUUUUACAUUGUUUUUACAUGUUUUUCUGCUUUUUUUUUUUUCUAUUAUGUAUUUAUAUGCAGUCUGUUUAGAUCAGCCAUUGAUUCAUUUUUUUACUUGUGCUUUAUUGGUUUACUAGGCUGGUGUUAAUUCAAGCAAUAUUCUCAUGAUGCUUUAGUUAAUGCAGUACUGACCUGUGAGAAAAUAUAUUAGAAACAUAACAUAGAAUGUGAUGGCAGAUAAAAACCAGUCAACCCACCUAGUCUGCCCAAUUUUCUAAAUACUUUUAUUAGUCCCUGGCCUUAUCUUACAGUUAGGAUAGCCUUAUGCCUAUCCCACGCAUGCUUAAACUUCCUCACUGUGUUAACCUCUACCACCUCAGCUGGAAGGCAUUCUAUGCAUCCACUACCCUCUCAGUAAAGUAAUACUUCCUGAUAUUAUUUUUAAACCCUUGCCCCUCUAAUUUAAAACUAUGUCCUCUUGUUGUGGUAGUUUUUCUUCUUUUAAAUAUAGUCUCCUCCUUUACUGUGUUGAUUCCCUUUAUGUAUUUUAAUGUUUCUAUGAAAUCCCACCCUUUGUUCGUCUUUCCUCCAAGCUGUUAAGAUCCUUUAACCUUUCCUUGUUCGUUUGAUCCUGCAAUCCAUGAACCAGUUUAGUAACCCUUCUCUGAACUCUCUCUAAAGUAUCAAUAUCCUUCUGGAGAUAAGGUCUCCAGUACUGUGUACAAUACUCCAAGUGAGGUCUCACCAGUGUUCUGUACAAUAGCAUGAGCACUUCCCUCUUUCUAUUGCUAAUACCUCUCCCUAUACAACUAAGCAUUCUGCUAGCAUUUCCUGCUGCUCUAUUACAUUGUCUGCCUACCUUUAAAGUGGCACUGUCAUGCCGAACUUACCUUUCUUUAAUCGAUUCCUCUUCUCUCCCUCUCUCAGGAUCUGUUCUUCAUUUCUUCCUGUCUGUUCUAGUUCUCUUUAAAACAUAAGACAAAGUAGGGACUAUUUGUCUUAUGGAGGUGUCCUACGCCUGACCAUCUCUGACCAGAGGAGGAGCAAAGUGUGCUUCAUUUCCAGUGGUCAAAGAAAUUUCCCCACAAGUCUAAGUCUUCCUCCCUGUUCCCGCGAUGCUUCUUGUCAAUAUUUAGACAGAACGCCGGCGAAACUGCCGAAUUGCAUCCUAACACAAUGAGAACAGAUUGUUUAUUCAUGUUAGGACACAAUUCGGGACUUAAUUCUAAUGAAUUAAAUUCCGAUCCUAUUCGUAGAUAGUAGAUAACUCCCUAAUUCCCACAGUAUCAGGGAGCUAUCUACCAAAAGGGUGAAAGACCUAAAUUGGUCUACCAGCCAAAUUUACUAAUACUAAGUAAAGAUUACUUGGUAUUAGUAAAUUCUGCCCCUACUUGCUAUAUCGCGAGUAGGGGCAUGUAUACUAAACAAUGAGCCGUUUGGGGCUACUCACUGUUAAAAAAACAAACAACCCACCCCCCACCCUCCAAAAAACACCUUAAUAUCCCCCACCCUUGAGCUCCCCCCGGCCCCCACCCCUGAGCGGUGGAUGGGGACUAUAAAUAACAAUAAGGGGGACGACAACCUAUUGUUGUGUCCCUCCCCCCACCUUGGGUCCCCAAGCCCCUAGUCAUCCCCCCCCACCCAAAUAAAAAAAUAAUAUUCCCCUACCUACCCCCUCACCCUAAAAAUAGUGAGGGGGGAAUAACAAACUAAGUACCUGUAAAAAAUAAAUAAAAAAAAAGGCCAAAUAAAAACCAUAAUACCUGUCUAACUAAACAUAAAAUAAAAAAAACAGAGUGCGAAAACAAAUCCGACGAAAAAGAAAAAACCCGACACUAAAAAAUUAAACCAUCUUCACCCGACGAGGGCACGGCACAGACUGAGCUCCACAGGGCAGGGAAAGGCUUAUAAAGGCUUGGGGACCCCUAGUCACCUUGGGGGGGGGGGUGACUCAGGGGUGGGGGGGCAAUAGGCCCCCCCCCCUUAUUGUUAUUUAUUGCCUCCACCCACUGCUCAGGGGUGUGGGCUAGGGGAAGUAUAGGUGUGUGUCCCCCCCCCUCAUUAUUCUUUAGGGCCCCCAACGCCACUCAGGGGGGCUGGGGAGAGAACAAUAGGCAAUAGGGUUUUUCUGUUUUUGUUUUUUACAACAGUGAGCAGCCACAGGCUGCUCACUGUUUAGUAGACAUGCGGUAUAGUGAGUAGGGGCAAUCGGGAACUGUGAGCCGGUAGCUCCCUCCUUGUAAUAAACUGAUUGAACAAACGAACACUGAUAUUCAGUGUUUGUUCGUUUGACAUUUCUAUUCAUUCAUUUGUCUUUCUGACGAAUGAAUAGAUAAAAUUCCUGUUCGCAUACCCAAGUGUUUAACUGGGCAUGUGUGGGAAUUUCACAGCUAUCUAGUGUGGGCAGAUGACGUGUCCCACAGGGACUUCAUCUACCCAACAAAGAUGGCAGCGCCCAGGACCUAGGUCCAGGCAGAAAAUAAAGAUGAUAAAAUAGGUAAUAUGGGGUGCUUAGGGGCAUUUGGGGGUGACUAGGGGGACAAUUGGAUAUAGUGGAGCCAGGAGGGGGGUUAAAAAAACAAAACAGGAUUCGGCCAUGACAGUGCCGCAUUACGUCAUCAGUAAUAAUUACCCCUAAAUCCCUUUCCUCAGUUGUUGAGGUUAGGACUCUAUCAAAUAUUCUGUACUCUGCCCUUGGGUGUUUACGCCCAAAAUGCAUUAUCUUGCACUUAUCAACAUUAAAUGUCAGUUGCCACAACUCUGACCAUUUUUCUAGUUUACCUAAAUCAUUUGUCAUAUGGCUUUAUCUCCUUGAACAUAAACCCUGAUGCAAAUCUUUGUAUCAUCAGCAAAAAGACAUAUCUUACCAUCAAGACCUUCUGCAAUAUCACUAAUAAAAAUAUUAAACAGAAUCUAUUAUUUCAUAUAUUUUGUAUUUAAUCACAUUUCUCCAACAGAACAUCACAUUUCUUAUUCCUGGGUUCUUUCACUAUAUGCGGAGUGCAGAGAUGGAGCAUUCACCACUUUUGACUCCUUUCAAAGAUCUGCAGCACAAAACCAGAUCACACGACCUCUCCUGCAAUGAUGGUAAUUGUAAAAUGGAUACAGUUUAAUAUCUGAUGGAAAAAAUGUGAAUAUACUCACUACAUCCUGUUUAAUGUUUGUGGUUGGUGGCCCCUUUAAAAUUUCAGUAUCCAAGGUUAACAUUUUUCAAAUCUAGCAGACUGGGGUUGUGGACUAGAUAAAGUACAUUGUUGCUGUAUCUUCAUGGCUGCAAUAAUUUGCUAUUUUUAGUACCACGGCAAUGGCCAUUAAAAUGUAAGCUCAUAUGCCUUGUUGAAGCAAAGCUCUUCAGUGAGUCCUACACUUAACAAUUCAACUUGAUGCUUUUAGCUAUAAGUUGAGAGAGAAUGAGACAGAAAGAUAUAUUUUUAUGAAUCCCUACACAAGUAUUAACCCUUAGUAGGAUACAUGUGGUGGGCAGCAUCACUGUAACAUUGCUGUGUAAUAAAAAAACAAAUACAAAUGCAUAAAGUUACUUUUUAUUUUAAAGGGACAAAAUAGGCACCAAAUCAGCUUAAUGGAGUGGUUCUGGUGUUUAGAUCAUGCCCCUGAAGUCUCACUGCUCAAUUCUCUUGCAUUUUAGAGUUAAAUCACUUUAUGCAGCCCUACUCCUACCUCCAUGCAUGUGACUUGCACAGCCUUCCUAAAUCCUUUCUGUAAACGGUGCUUAAACUUCCUUUGUUACAAAUUCUCUUUAAUGUAGAAUUUCCCAUCUCCUGCUCAAUAGCCUCCUAGACCCUGCAGGAUUCGUGUAUGUGGUUAAAGUUCAAUUUACAAAGCAGGAGAUAAAAACUUCUAAAGCAACAUGUGACUAAAAAUGAAACAAUUUUUCAUGCAGACUGUGUGAGUCACAGAUAGGGGAGGUGUGACUAGGACUGCAUGAACAGAAACCAUAAUGAUUUAACUCCUGCAGGGACAUGCUAUAUGCACAAAAAACUGCUUUAUUAAGCUAAAGUAAAGUUUUGUCCCGGUAGUGUCCCUUUAAAUUUAAUGUGACAACUUUAAAUUUACACUUUGUAUGGAUUUAUUGUAAAUAUUAUGCUGACCGAAUUGUGUAGAUUAAAAGGUAUACUUACUUGAAGAGUACCUUCCACCUCCUCUAAACUGGCCAUGACAAUGAAUGUGGCUACUCACUCCUAAUGACUUGCAUGCAUCCCAUAAUAUUUAACAGGUUUCUCUUCAAUGCCUUGCUGAACUAACGCACGUCAGGGCUUCAUACACAAAUUGUUUUGUUUUAGUGGUUGUCAUGCACUGACUUUUUUUUUUUUUUUUUCUGACAGUUAUGGCAAAAUAUUUACAGAAUAACUCAAUGAAUACUGGUGAGGAUCAUCCACACAGUGAUUGCUGUGUCGUUUUAACACCUCCGACCCCAUCUGCAAGGUAUUGAUAUAUUUGUGUUAUUAAAUAGUUUUAUGAAAGGUUUUUUUUUUUUUUUUUUUUCAAAGAAGACAAUCCAACAAUAAGAACAAAAGAAACAUUCUAGUUCAGAGUGAGAUCAUACAGUGUGUGUGUGUCUGUCUGUCUAUCUAUCUAUGGUCAUGUACUAGUCUAAUGACCAAAUCAACUUUAGCUUUAUGAAGCCGUUUUGGUGUUUAGAUCAUGCUCCUGCAGUCUCACUGAUCAAUUCUCUGCCAUUUAAGAGGUAAAUCAUUUUGUUUAUACUUCCCUAGUCCUACCUCUCUGCAUAUAACUUGCACAGCCUUCCUAAACACUUCCUGUAAAUAGACAUGUAUUGUUUAAACUUCCUUUAUUGGAAAGUCUGUUUAAUUGAUAACUUCUUAUCUCAUGCUAUGUUAUAGCAAUGUAGGCCCUGCAGGAGCCUCCUGUGUGUGUGAUUUAAGUUCAAUUUACAGCGCAGGAGAAAGACAGACAUUUCUAAAGCAAGUUGACAUCUGAUUGAAAAUGAAAACCAUUUUUGUUUAUGCAGGCUGUGUGAGUCACAGCCAGGGAAGUGUGGCUAGGACUGUAUAAACAGAGGAUUUAACUUCUAAAUGGCAGAGAAUUGAGCAGUGAGACUGCAAUGCCAAGACCUAUUCACCAAAACCCCUUCAUUAAGCUGAAGUUGUUUUGAUGCCUAUCGUGUCCUUUUAAGACACAAAAAUUGUCAUUCAGCACUUGACCGAUUCAGUCGAAUGACAAUGACAUGGUCCUAAUAUGUUAAAUCGUGAUGUUGGUUCACUGUAUCUUCAAUUAAAAAACAGCUUUUGACUACUCCAAGACCUAUGAGGGCUCUCUCUUCUUUUGUCUUAUAUAAAGUGGCCAGAGAAAGCAUAUUGGGAAAAGAAACAUGAGUAAUCAUGUCAUAUCAUACAAAACAUGAGUAUGUGAAUCAUGAAUAUAAUUGGCAGCUAUGCUGUGCAAUUUUUCAGGUAAAAACAGCAAUAUAAUUACUUAAAGCGUACCAUGUUUGCUUUCUUAUUUCGCAAAAUUGUAUUUUCUUUGCCAAAUGAGUCAUAAAAUCAUUUCUAUGGCUCACAGUGUGUAGCUAUGGUUUCAAGUAAUUAAUCACAAAGAGUAUUUUUUAAAUUACAAUUACAGUAUUUUUUAAAUCAAGGCAGACAUUAUUUUAUAAAUGUUGGAAAUAAGUGAAACGUCUUUCAUAGCUGCCUGUGUUUCCAGCACAAAUCAUGAUUUAUAUUAAGGUUCAGGCUCUCGGUUCAAUCUCAAACCAUGUCAGAUUAACUGUAAUAAAUUAUAUGCAUGCAUACUUCAAUAUAGAGUCGACAAGUGCCUUUUACAGGCUAGAUUAGAAUAUUAUACAGAAGCAUUCUAAUAGCAAACACAGUUCUGACUCUAGGUGAGUCUCGGUGUGACCCACAGAACUUGCACUAUUGACAGUUUAAAGAUGCACUUACUAAAUUUUGUGGUUUUAUGUAGGUCAAAAUGCUCUGUUGGUCAAUGCAACCACCUCCAUAGAGCCAGGAGUAGAUAAACUGUUCUAACUACUGUUAGACUACUAGGGGAAGUCAGUGCAAUCCUGGCACCAUAACCACUAUAUUGCUUUGUUUUAUUAUGAUGCUUGGAGUGUUCCUUUAAUAUACUCAUGUAAUUAGACCCAUAAACACUUUCAGAUUCUGGCCCUUAAUCCCAUCCAUACGGGCAGUCCAGACCUGAAAUGCUGGCACGAGAUACAGCAACCCUGGACUUUUCUCUCAUUUAGUAAUGUAUUAUGCAAAUAGUAUAUUAUGCAAAUUCCUCAACCCCUGACGAAGGUGUCACCGCACACCGAAAUGCGCGUCGGGCGACCAGCAUGUUUUCACUUCACCUAUCUAGUUUUUUUCUUUUUCACUAAGGGAUAUGCACCAAAAGGAAUGAACACUUAGAUUAACUUUACUUUCUUUCAUUUACUUCUAGCCAGUUGGGAUUUGGUAGUAAAAGGCAGUGGACCUAUUUAGAGUGAGCAUUAGAUUAGAACACCCAUGAAGGUGUUUUAUAGAGCUUAGGGACUUCUUUUGAGGCUUAUAUACAAAGUAUAUAAAGGAAGUGUGUUUCCUCUCUGUGCCUUACAAUUUCCUUUUUCUUCUCCCUACCUCUACUUAUAACAGGGAUUAUUGCUCACAAACUACUCUAUUAUAAGGUAUUAGCUCUCCCACUUUGUCUUUAAUAUUUUCUAGUCCUAUUUUUAAUAUCUAUUCUGGACGUCUAUAUUAAGACAUUAUUUCUACCACAUAUCAGUCUUCAUAGAGGGGAUUCAGUAUAGUACCUUCCCCUUCUUGUUUUGUUUGGGGGGGGCUUACUAUUUGGCUAUUUUUACUUCAAGACUUAAUAAAGAUUUUUUAUUUCAAUUACUUUUUGGACCUAGUUCAACCAGGAUAUUUAAGGCCUUUUUUUGGGGACUGAUAAGUUUAAUGGUUCCUUGCCUUGUUCCCUUUUCCCCUCUAUUUAGAUCCCUAUACUGGCCAUUUCAAUUUAUGUACGGUUACUUCACAUUUUGUCCAUUUAUUAUUUUUUGCCAGCAUUUAAAGAUCUCCCCAGGUGGAGAUCAUAUUCAUUAUUAUUUUAUAGUUUAUUAGGGUACAAGCCCUUGGUGGAGCUUGCAUCACCGUUUGACCUUAAGGCUUUGUAUUACCUCGCAUGCCCCGCUGUCCAUCUAUUGCGGUGGCUUGGCAAACAAAGCAUCUAUCCCACUGUAUUAUAUUUAUGCAAAUAGUAGGCGAAAACACACAGAUAAAAAAAAACAAAAGGUAUCUCUAAUACUUCUUCUUUGCUGCAGUUCACACAGAAGUAUCUAAAUAUUUACAUUUACUUAAUCUUUUCCUAUGGCACUAUCUCAAUUUUUUUUGCCAAUAUCAUUAACCCACUCCCGUCUUAUAUUGCUAGCCCACUUAUAUUUAAUAUUAUUAGCUCUCUCUCCUGAGUGUCACCUGCACCAUCCACAUGCUACUGUCUGCAUCCACCACAUCCAAACCCAUGUCACUGUGUCCAUCUUCUAUUUCCCCAUUUGCUCAUCCACUCCCUACCUAUAGCACUGCAUCUAUCCACACAUUCACCAUGCCAGUAUUGCCAAUUCUCAGGUAACUAGGCCCACAGAAAAUGCAUAAGGCACAUGCAUUAUGGCAAAUGGGGCUUUUGCCCUAGACCCCUAGCACAUGUUGUGUGCUGUGUCACAGAAGUGGGUAGGCAGGUAGGUUGUGCAGGGCUUUUGCUAGCUCCGCUCUAUGUGAGCAUGUACUUGGCCAGCUGUCUCAGCAUUUCAGGUCUGGACUGGCCCCCUAUGAUAUUUCAUUUGGACAUUGAUGUAUCCAACCCGGCUGCCAGACUAUGAUGACUAUGUAUAAAGUGGAGUUUUUUUGCAAGUGGUUGUUGGGUGAGGUGAGACAUUGAUGUGAGAACAGAGUCCAUAACUGAGACAUGCACAAAUUCUGGGAGUACUUCAAUAAAUUGUACAUGUCAUACUGAUGGAGGCUGCCUAGAUAUCUCACCUCAAACCUUCAUCAGCUUCCAUCAGUCAAACCCAUAUGCUAUAUGUGCUUUGUGAGAAGAAAAAUCCACAAAGAGGUCUGGGAGUGUAGGGUGAAAAAUAUGCUAUUUAUUUCUACUUGUCCCAAGCCAAAAGUUGCCAUAUCUCUCGUGUAAGUUUUACAUAGUGCACUCCUUGAUCAGCUCAUGUCCCUAUUAACAGCACACAACUUGAAUUACUUUUACUAUUCAUUUGAAAUCGUAUUUUAACAUUGUCAUCUUGUACUCUUGGAGAUCAAUAUAUUGUAACAAUGAAGGGUUUCUGUUUUGUUUUGUAAAACAUUGCUUGACAUUGAAUAAAAUUAUCGUAUGAUUUAAUAUUUUGUAAGAAUGACGGGUGUUUGGUAAAUGUCAGCAAAGUAAUAUAUUUUCCUUGAUCUAUAUAUUUUUAUAUUUUUUUUUUAGAACAGCUAUUAGCCAACAGAAGACGACUAAUGACUACUGUUCCCCAGCAGUGCAUGCAUGUUGUCUCUCUCCUGGGACCCCCACACAGGACGAACCUUGCGAUGGAGGCUUUGCAAUAAGAAAAUGCACAUUGCAUACCCUUGGCUCAGGGAUGAAUACAGGAUCAGAUAUAACACUGCUCACCCACUGUCUGAAAAGCAUGAGCAUGACUGGAGGUACUGGUGAAGAAAAGGCUUGUGAUUUAAACAAACCUCCUAGUUCUGCCUCUGCAUCCCUUGCAGUAGAGCAUUGUGACUCCUUGCUAAACUCUGUUCCUCCUUCCACGUCUUCAUGUGCGUCUGCCCAGGGCAGAAGCCAGCCUCCAUUUUGUUCAAAUUACUCUUCUCCAAUCACAACGCAGGUUGCACCUUUACCCAACAAUCCUGCACUUAUGACUGUGAACAACCCUCUCGGUAUGGGUCCAGACGCUCCUAUCCCCUCUCAAAGUGACAAUCCCUGUAUAAAUGGAGAUGGUUCCUGUGUUGUUCAGUCAAGUAAGUCCCCUCUUCAGUGCCGUAAUAGUCCACAUCCCUACACAACUCCAUUUAUAGAUGCAGCUAGUAGCUCACCUGCAAACAGACUGUCCACAUCUCCUUCACAAAAUGCAUCUUGCCCUAGUUCUCUAUCUGCAUUAACACUACCUCUAAACCCCAUUAAGUGCUCUUCGUGUUCUCCUCCAGAAAGCAAAGCCAUUGACAUAGCGCCUGUGCCUUCUUCUGGCAAUAUUAGAACCAUGGGCCCCAGUAUAGGCACAGAAUUGGAGUUGCAUGAGAACGGCUGUGGCUUUCUGGACAUAUCCAGAUUACAGGAUGAUGAAGCAAAUCUUCCAGAAGAAGCUUUUCCUAAAGUGACCUCCACGCCGGUUAAAGAUGGGCGCAUUUCAGAGUUAGCGUCUUCUACUCUAAGCUGUGCUAGUACUACGGAGCUCCGAGUUCCAACUAUGGUGGAAGAAAUCCGAGAAGGAAUGUAUGCAGGCAGCUGUUACCACAAGGAUGGCUCCAGACUCUGUAAGGACUCACUGCAUAUUAUUUUCACUUGCUUUUGUGCAUGUAUUUUUGUUCCACAGACACACACAUGUUCUGUAGUAUUCCUGUUAUUACAACAUGUUUUCAAACCCCAUCUUAGGUUAUAUAUAAUUUUCCGUGCUGUACAGGGGCCCCUAGUUUCAUGGAGAGUCUGUCUCUCCAGCUUAUCUGCUGGUGUAUCAUUAUCAGUAGAGAGCUGUAACUACCAAACAACAUAGGCAGCAGUUGUUAUAUACCUUUUUUUUUGUAAUUAAUUGCCACUUGUAGCUGGUGGUAAUGCUCGAAAAAGGUUAGUGCACCCUGUGUCACUGUUAAAGUUAUCUAUUAAAGUUAUAUAAAUUAUAGUUUGAACAUGUCCAAUUCUUGUUUUUAAAAAGCUCAUUACAUUUAAUGAAACUUGAAUAAAAUAUUUUGGAUGUAUAUGUAUUUAUUUUAGAAAAUGUAACUUUUUUAUCUGACUGUACAGUCAUCUGACAACCGCUGCUCAACCAAAGUUGCCUGCUGCUGUGAUUGCCAUGUGUGCUGUGUGAAACAGCAGCAUCAAGUUAGGUUGACAAGCAUUAGUAAGAUAACGGUAGAAACUGACCCAACAUGGCUGCUCAGUCAGAUAAAAAAGUGACAUUUUUAAAAAUCAAUCCAUGUACAUUUUAAAAAAUAAUUGUUUCAUUAGAUGUAAUAAACUCAAAAAAAUGAGCAUUUAAAACUUGAUAGUAGUUGUCCUUUGUGACUGCUGCUCCUAAAAAUAGUGUGUUAUUUAAAGUGGAUUGGUCACGAGAAAUGGUCUUUGGACCAUUGUGUAGCAUAUUAAAAUGGUAAUUUCUAUAUCUGCUCAGGAGGUGUUUUAUGAAACGCAUAUCAGUCACGUCCUGUCUGUCUUUCUGUACGUCUCUCUGUUUGUCUAUCUUCAUGCAUAAACGUAGCAUUUUAAAGUUUUUUUUUUUUGUUGUUUUUUUUUUAAGAUUCAUGUUGCACUCCUUAACCUAUUUCACUAAACAAAGCUUUGCCAUGUAAUAUAUACUUGGAUGUCAUAUUAACAGAGUAACUCUGUAGAGAUAUAUAGUGUAGGGUGAAAUUUGAAAAAUUUAUAUUUGUUUUAAUCCUGGCAAAAGCUGAAUCCCGUUAUGUUUCUGAUGUUGAAUGAAUGGAGCUUAGCGCCUUAUAAUCUUGCAGAUUGAAUGUUUUUUAGGCCAGGUACAAUUUCCAAACCAUGAAUGAUACACUUAACCUAGACCCAGGGCUUUACUGCAUGGAGCUAGGAUAUAUAGCUGUAAAACUGGGGCUGUGCCUGUGCAAAUGGAACAGAUGGGAACCUUAGCUGUUUGGUGGAGCCAUGCCAAAUGCAUUAACAGUACAGAAGCCAGAGUUUGAUUUAGCUCAGAGAACGUGUGCAAGUGAAUGUCUUGGCCAAGUUAACUACUGGGUAAUAGGAAUACUACUGGAAAUGAAAAGUUAUUUACUUUGAAAUAAAAAUAAAAUAAUUAGUUCCCCUUUUCUACAGCAGAGCACUCUGUCCAGGCAAUACAUUUAUUUUUUAUGUCAUUAAAGAAAGACCAUAACCACUACAGCUCACCAUAGUGCUUAUGGUGCCAGGAGUGCCCUUUCUCCAUUCCACAGCAAGUAUGGAAACCGGCAUAGUACGAUUUGACUGCAUACCUGGGUCCUGCAGGGACCCAUGACCACAUUUGCUGCAUCCUGCCUUCUCCAGCAAAGCUGGGUCAUGCAAGACUGAGUACUCUUGGCCAAUAAGCAUGGCCAUUCUUUAGCCAUGCUUUAUUCUGUAGAGACAUAUUUUUUUUUUCACAUGUCUCUCUUUUUAUUGAGAAUUUUCAGUAUAUAUAACAUCAGUACACAUAACAUCAGCCCAUGCAGCUGCAAUGACACAGGUAUCAGUAACAUCAGUGCACAUAAGGAUAGUGGCUUACAGUAUGCUUUAUACAACCUAGUAAAAGUACUUUGAUUGUCUAGGCACUAUAACACAAGAAUAUCACAUCGGAAAUAACAUCACAGGCACAUGUUUUAAUAAGUCCUAUCAUUAUGUCGUGUACAUUUUCAUCUAUCACACUGUUUCUUGUCAUGUGCCUUGGCAGGUACAGCUGCAUAUACCUCAGUAAACAUGCACUGUAAGUAAUGAAAUGAGAUACGGGGGAGAAGAUCCGUGACUGGAUGGAGGUGGGGGCGGGGGACAGAUGGGGGAGAGGGGGAAAUUGUGUCCAUUAUGGAAGGAAUAAUUUGAGAAUUGUGGUAAAUGUUGUGAGACACCAUUUUUCACCAUGACGUCAUCCCUAUUGCAUUACACAAGAUUAGCCAUCAGGGAGCAGAGGAUAUCUGGUAUCGGCUAGGGAAUGGAUAGGGUCGUAUUGUUUUGAGAGAGCGUUUGGAUUGACCUGUUUAGAGGACAGCGCAUCCCAUCCAGCUUUUCCAUAAUUUCGAGUGAACAGUUUCUCUACCUCUCAGUCUAUAGGCCAAUUGUUCAUAUUGGUAAAUUGACUCCAUCCUAUUCCAUAGCUUGUGUAUUGAAGGGAUGGUCACCCCUUUCCACUGGCUUGCUAUACUAGUUUUUGCGGCUUGGAGUAUGUGAAUUACAACAACUUUAUUCGAUGAUAAUAAAAUUUCUGGUGCAAUAUGUAGUAGAAAGCAUUCUGGUUUGAAUAGUUGAACUUGUGUGAUUGUGCGUAUGGCCUCUUGUAUCUUGAGCCAGAAAUUUUUUAAUGUAGGGCAGUCCCAGAAAAUGUGUUUCAACGUGCCCGAUGACUAGUUGCACCUCCAGCAUGCGGGGGAAGUUCCCGUAUAGAUUUUUGGCUAACCUGAAGGGAACCCUGUACCACCUCAUCAGAAUCUUGCAAUAGGAUUCCCAGUGGGAUAAGUUGAUAGAUGAGGCCUUGGUGGUCUGGAUGACCUGUAACCAUAUAGGAAUGGGAAAUGAGCUGUCUAGGUCUGCUUCCCAUUGGGUCAUAUAUGGAAGUUUAACUGUAGCUUCUACGUUCAUUAAAGCGUUGUAGCAAAGGGACAACAGUUUAGUGGGUUGUUUCUUGUGUAUGCAACAUUGGCCAAAUGGUGUCAGAUAAGAGUCUUCACCUAUUUUUAUCUGAAUUUGUGAUAGAAUAUGUUUCACUCGUAGGUAAGUGAAUAUUUCCCUUGGAGAAGGGAGAAUUCUUCUUGCAUAAUCUGGAAAGGUUUUAUACCCUUUUCGUCAUGGAGUGACCCUAGGGUGGUAGCUCCUCCUUUGAUCCAGUUGUUAAGUGAAAUAUCUCUGGAUAAGGAUGUAACGGAUUGUAUAGGAGCCCUUGACACCAAGCUGAUAGGGCCUAGCAAGCCUUGGGACCAUUGUCUCCAGUUGUGCAGUAGAAAUUUUGAACCUGGUAGUAUUGACAGGAUGGAGCUAUGGGGCAUGGAGGUUGUCCAUAGUAGGUGUUUAGGUUUGUUAGGUUGAAUGUACGAAUCUUCCAAAGGAAGUCAUACCGGUGUAUGGGAUUGUGUCAAUACAGAUAAACCAUAAGAUAAGAUUGAGGCUUUAUAGUACAUCUUAAUGUUUUGGUAUUCCAAGGCCCCCUUUCUGAGGAGGGAGCCAGGAUAAACGGCUUGGUAUUCUAGGUGUUUUUUACUUCCAGAUGUGAGCAUUGAAUGUGGAUUGCAGGUUUUGCAGUACUGUACAUUGUUUGGUACUAGUAUAGGGAGGGCGCGGGAGAGAUACAGGACAUGGGGUAGAGACAUAAUUUUUAUAGUGUGGAUUUAUCCUAACCAAGAAAUUUCCUUCUCUUUCCAAUUCUCCAGUUGUGUUUUUAGUUUGUACAUAAGUGGUAUAUGAGUUAUGUUGGGAGUUAGUUAGAUUAAUACCCAAGUAUUUUAGAGCCGAUUUUCUCCAGUCAAGUGGGUAUGUGUUUUUUUUAAGAUAUGUAGUGUUGUAUGGGGAAUUCCUAUUGAUAAUGCUUGAGUCUUUUUCGCCUUAUUUAUGUAAAAGGAGACGUGACCAGAUGACAGAUGUCAUUUUAGAUACAAGAUGUGCAGGUUCCCAGAUCCUUAGGGCAGUGAUAACAAACUUGGCAUAUGUGUCAUCACUGGUAAUCUCAAUCGUCCAGGCUCAAGGAAAUAUUGCUUGCUAAUAUGCGAAAGGCAUCAUUCCAUAAUCAUCUGAUUUCCUAGCGCUGACAUGACAAUGAGGAAAGAGUGAAUAAAAAUGCAGACUGCACUUAAAAUCUGAUCAGUUCUUGUUUUUGGCAGAAGAUUAAGAAUUCGGGAGACAAAAUGUUUUCAGUCGUAGCUUUAGGGCAGUGCUAUCUAACUUUUGGCAUAUGAUGGCCAGAAUAUCAUUCAGAAGGUCAUCUUUAAAAGCAAAGCCUUAUUCGAAGUAUUAAGUGUCCAUUUACUUUCAGAAAUAUCUGGACCCUACUGUCACGGUUCCACGGGAUUCUGUCAGCGUGGCCGCACAGAAACAUAGCGGUCACGCCAAGAGAAACAAUACUUACCUUGCUCGCGGCAGACCACUACCCGAUCUCCUUCCAUCCCGGUCCCCAGCGCAUGCCGCGUUCCUAAAGACGCCGGCCGCUGUGGUUCCGGUUUUAGCUUUUGCCCACAUUAAAGAUGACGCUUACGUGCGUGCGACCUCACGUCAGACGUGCACACAUGUUUUGGUGUCAGAGGCCACAUACAUUGGCUGUAUGUGGCCUCUGACCCCAAAACGUGCAUGGUUUCCCUUUGCUGGUUAUCCGAGAGUGUGUUCCUGAUCGUAUUAUUCUGUUUUUUGACUUUUGGCUUUAUUUUGACUUCGCUGAUUUCUGACUUUUGGCUUUCCCUCAUCGUUGUCUCAUUCUGUAUCCUGACCUCUGCAAGUAUUUUGACUCUUCUUUGGUAUGUUAAGUCCGGCCAUUCUAAGUAGUGAUCAACAUAUAUUGUUUUUUUUAGAGCUGAUACCAAUAAUCUGUGAACUUUCAGGCCUAUAAUUUACCGAUAUUCUGUAUGUUUACCAUUUUGAAAAAAUAAACUUUUUCUAAAGGUAAAUGCACAAAAUAUAAAUGCCACAUGUAGUGGAUGCAGUGUGUUUAGACAGGAGAGCUGUGUGUGUUUGUGUAGUGGAUGCAGUGUGUAUUUGUGUAGUCUGUGUAUAUAAUGAAUGCAGAGUGUGUUUGUGUAGUGUGUGUUUCUGUAGGUAUGUAAUUUGUGUAAAAUAGGGGGGGGGGCAUUUUUUAUUUUUUUAUUUUUUUUUAGUCCCCCCUCCCUGCUUGUUACCUGGCAUGGAGGGGGGGAGGGGGGGGGAAUAUAGCAUUCCCUGGAGGUCUGGUGGCAUGGACUGUGCAGUGGUGGCCCAGCAAGCCCUUACUUACCUUCCCAGCAGCUCCCUUGUCUAAAUCUCGCAGCCAGCGUUGCCAUAGUAACCCGUAGCAACGCUCUGAGGGCCACGGGACUCGCGAGAUUUACACUGAGGAGCUGAAGGGAGCUGCUUGGAAGGUAAGUAAGAGCUUGCUUCGGGCCCUCCAGGACCGCCAGGCUAGUCAUGGGCCCGGUGGUCCUGGUAUGUAUUAUCGGCAAUAUCGGUAUCUCUAUAGGCCGAUACCAAUAUUGUUGAAAAUACCGAAUAUCGGCUGAAAAUCGGUCUAUCCCUAAUUCUAAGGUCCGAUUAGACAUUUUUCUUAGUCCUAGGUGUGAUACUAUUUCUGCGUGCUGGAUCAACCAGUAAUCCUGACACCUAAAUAAAGGUUACCGUAUGUUCUUGUUGGGGAUUAAAUGUCUAAAACCUGCACAAGAAAUCUCACUAAAAUGUCCAUGGUGGAAUAAGUAAAGCAAAAUAUGAAUCACCCUCUAGUUCUAGUUCAAUCAGUCACAAAGUGCUAAAAAUUUAUACGUAUAUGCCCAGGAACCUUUGACAGGCAAAAACUGUAACAAAAAAAAGACAAAUAUAGUGCGCAACAAAAAACCUUUAAAUAAUAUUUAACAUUUCUUGUAGACAACUUUCAUAUAUUUUCUUACUAAAAACAUAAAAUCUAAACACACAGUGCAAAAUUGUGCAAAUGUAUAAUUAUUUGUAAAGGAAACCAGAGAAAAAUCAAACACAAAAUCCAAGAGGUAAAGACACACGGCUGUAGCGCUGUGGGAGGAUCAAACCCUCGUGAAAAUUGGAUCUCAACUCUCCUGGGCACAUCCAAAGACAAAGCCUCGAGAGUCAGAGCAAAAAGCGUUGUUAUACACCAGAUUCCUGGAACAAGGAAGUGACUGGAGAGUGGUGCAAGCUCAAAUUUUUUGUCUAUGCUUCCUACUCCAUCUGCCCCCCCCCCACCAAGCCAUGCCCUCCCCGCCCCCCCCCAUUUAUUUCCCUCUCUCUCUACCUUCAAAUUUUUUCCCUCUAUUUCCCCUUCAGAAUUUAACUCCUGUUUACAUAAUGAAGCAGUAGGGUAAAAUUAAUUAAGACAGCAGAAAUUUGUCUGUGGCGACUCGAGAUAACAAAAAACUGUUAGAUAUGGACCCUGAAACAUGGGGACAGGGAGGAAAAUAUAAAAAAAAAAAAAAAAAAAUUUAAAGUCUCGCACCAUUUUUUUUAUUUUUUGUUUUGCAUUCUAUUAUCAAAAUACCACUUGCUACUAACGUUUGUGGGUUUUGUUUUUAUUUUUUACCUUUGUUCAGACAUCCAGUUUCAGGUACAGAGUGUAACUGUUGGCAGCACCCCCAUUUUCAAUAUCUGGGUGUCUAAGGAUUUGCUGCAGAGCCAACGUGAAGCGAUUGCCAGAACCCGUCUCCUGCUCUCCAGCUUGGCAAGCUCUUCCCAAUCUCUACUGGAACAGUCUGAACGCAGCUUGGGAGAGGUUUGUGUACACAGAAAUCCAUCUUACUGUACAAGCUCGUAAAAUAGAAAGGAUGUAAAUAUUACCACAGUAAUAUUUAGUUUACACUUCCUCUGUUCCAUCUUAAAAUAGACUUAAUUAAAUAAACCUUUAAAAAAGCCUUCACCACUUCAAGGUCAGCUGGUCCUAGAAAGGAUAUAGAAAAAGCACACGUUACAUAAAAAUAGUAGAAAAAUAAUCUAUAUAUAUACAUAGCUCUUACAAAAGCUUUUAUUGUGAUGAUUAAUUUAUUUCUCAUAAAAUGCAUAGCUAUAUCUGUCCUCCUCAAUGCAGAUUCUAAGAAUGUUAGAAUUAAAGAGAAACUCAAAUAAAUAUCUUCUACAGCUUAUUGUAGACAAUCCACUUCCUCCCCUGCUGAUGGACAUGCCAUUUGAUGUGUUGUUCUCUUUUGAAUUUAUUAUUUUAUUUAUUUGAUAUCGAGGAAGUUUCACUACUUAUCAAUAACUUCUGUUAUGGUGUGUUUGGGUUUUGUACAGAUUGUACUCCUGCACAUAUUGUGAACAUUUAAUCUAACACAUUGAAUUUUUUAAACAUAUUUACAGUUUGGAUUUGCAAUCUUUUUUAACAUUAUCUAAAAAUGCAAUAGUUAUACUUUUACACACUAUAUUAUAUGAAGAAUUCUAGAAAAUACUGUAAAAAAUAAUGCAGCAAUGAAAGGUUGUAUCUUGAAAGAAAUUUUUUUUUUUCUCUGUGAUAACAUUUCCAGUUAAAGUCAUACUUACCCCUACCAUCCUCUCUAACAAGUAUCUUAAACCUUUGAAGGCUCCUGGAUUAAAAUUGCUUGAAUUUAGGGCUGUCGGAGUGGAAACCUUUGUAAAGUUGUACAAACUACUUCAGAUUCUUAUAUAUCUCGAGAUGCACUUAAAACAUUUCCAGCAUUUGUAUAUUAUUUAAACCCACAGCAGCUCAAAUGGAGAGAUUCCUCAUAAUGCCCCAAAUACAAUGAGGCGGAGUUAAAAUAGUUUCAUUGAUUCUGGAUCCUUCAAUUCUGUAACACCAUCACAAAAUGUAUUAAUAAUACUUUUGCAUACGAAAUGUCUUUAUUCCCUGUGCAACUAUAUUAAUUGGUUUAUUAUCUGAUUCAAAUAAAUCACAAUAAAAGAAUCAUUAAAAUGACCUUGCUGUAUGUAGGUUAUAUAUCUAUAUUGUAACCGUAGGUGGUUCCCUUAUUUACCACUAUAAUGUCUUAAAGCAUAGAACUUAGUAGGGCUAACCAUACAGAUAUCUUAGCCAUAAUUUUAUAUAGUUAGUAAGAGAUCCUCUAUUUACCAUAUAUAAAUAAUUGAGAAUACAAUAUAAAAUAAGGAUUGUCUUGGAAGCAAUAGUUUUGUCUUUUUGGAUAUUUAUUAUAUAAAAAUAUAAAUAUAAAAUCCAUUAUAGCAGAGUUUAUAAGAUUAAAUUACAUGCUUGCAAAUAUCAUUAAUAGGUUAACAUAUCCUUCUGAUCAUGUCAUCGUGUCAGCCUCUCUGUCAUUUUAAGAUGGAGAAGCGUCUGUCUCCAAGUCUCUCCUCUGUGUCUUAACAUUUAGAAGUACACCUUUUUUUUUUCUUUUUUUUUAUAUUUAUUUUAUUUACCAAUAUUUUUCUUUCUUUUUAUACAUAUCAAAUAAACAAUUAUUUUACUAAUUUUGCAAAUAUCAAUAUUGCAACCUUAAUAUUACUACAAUCAUAUAUAUUCAUUUAACCAUCCAUAGCAUUAUAGCAUUAACAUUAUAUAUAGUUCACAACAACAAAACAGACAUAUAACACAAAGAAAAAAAAAAAAAGAACACAUUUAUAUGAGACUCGAUAAGGGAUGGGCCACAAACUUACAACUCGUUGUUAUAUGUUAUAUAGGAAAUUUGGAAUUACCCUCUCCACCUCACCCUAUAUCAUAUUCAAGAUGUUAUUAUUACCAUAUCACAUUAAAUAGGUUGUUCCAACACAUAUUCCAAUAUUACAUCCUGAGAAAAAAAAAGAAGAGGAAAAAAAAAAAAUGUAGUACACCUUUUUAUACCUUAGGUGUCUCCAUUUUCGGGUUACCGUAGUUCAAAUAUGAAAAAGUAACACUUCUUUUACUUUAUUCAAUUUAGGACCUCCCUUAACUUGGCAAACAUACAAGGCCAUAACUAAAGGGUGCAAACGUCAUGGAAAUUUUCCUGAUUUAGUUCAAGAUGGCAUCUUAAAGUCUGAAUAGGUUAUCUGUUGUUUAUACGAAGUUGUAAGUGUACAGUCGUGGGAGAUUCCCGGAUUUGGGGAAGUUCCAUUAACUUGCGGUUACCACAGUAUAUUGUGUACUGCAAGAGUCGUAGUAUAGCCUUGAAGCUUGUUUAUGCAUUGUUGUUAUUGUAAUUCGUCUGGGACAAAAUGGCGCAAACAUUAUGCACUGAGGCUAUUGCUUAAAGAAACAUCUAUGAAAAACAAUAUGUUCCAUUUAUAACACCUUGUCAGUUUGCAAUAUCUCUUAAAGACAAAGUACAAAGUUUAAGAAAUACAAUAUUUAAUUCUAAAACUUGUAAUAUUUGCAUUUGCCCAUAACAAUAUGACUGGAUUUCAACAGAUGUCCCCAUCCAUGCCCUUACAAUGGUUGGAACUAAUUUGUGUAUGUAGAAAGAAUUAGCUUGAUUCACUAUCACACAAUAAAGGUACAGUAAUAAACAUUUAUUCUAGUACUGACAAGCUGAUUAUUAAUACUUUGGAUUCUGAUUUGACACAGAAAAUGCAUGAGUUUGGGAAAACCAGUUGGCACCUUUAUAAUAGUUUGGUGGAAUUCCCUCCUUCAGUCUUGUAGCAUAUUUACCUUCUAUAAGUGCAGAUUGAUUAAACAUUAAAGAAACACUGUAGUGUUAGUAAUAUGUGUUGCAGGGUUAAAACAACAGGAGCAUGGCACCCACACCAAAUCACUGAGAUAAAGUGGUUUGGGUGCCUAUAUUGUCCCUUUAAACUCUAAGGCUGCCAUUUAGUAACUGUAUCCAUUAAGGAUUUGUGCUUUCUUUUCUUACCGCUUUAAGAAAAUUGAAUCUAAAAAUAUACAUGGUAUUAUUCUCUAUACUGGUAAUGUACAAAAUUGAGAGAUUUCUAUAUAUUUGCUAUUUUGGUUUACAUUUUGCAUUUCCUUUGCCAAUUUACUGCAAUUGCUGGCCAGUGAACAAUCUUUGUGUAUGUUGCGUAUGCGAGAGUACAACACUGAGAUCUAUGGAGGAUCCUGCUUUGCGUGUGUGAUGCAUACCUCUUUUACUCGCUCUCUCCCAUAGCUGAUCCGUAGCAGUGCUGAAGAAGGAUACUGCACAGAGAUACAGGAUUUACAGGCACAGGGCGCUUGUGACGGAGAGUAUUGCCUGGAAUAUGAAACUCUUUCUCCUCUUGGAAAAGGAGCCUUUGGAUUUGUAUGGUCAGCAAAAAGCAGGGAUGAUGAUGGUACAGAGGUGGGUGUCUGCUUCCAGAAUUAAUAUAUAUAGUUCAUAAUCAACAGAAUGCGUUAAAGACAAAUGGGUGAAAUCCAUCCUGCUGUGUCCCUUUAAAGAUUGAGCAUUACAUACAAAACCGUUUGAGAACCAAUUUGUAAGGAAACACUGCACAAAAUAGGUAAUUAUUACAGUGACUUCAAUGCAAGCUGGCUAUUAAUUGCCUUCGUGACAUCUAAUAGAGUGAAAUAAAAUAUUCCAUAGCUGCCGUUUAAAACUGUCACAAACACCUUAAGUAUUACAACUAUAGUUCCAUCAUAUUAAUAUGAAAGUAAUGCAAUCCAUGCCUUGACUUUCUAGAAGAAAUGUAUUCUGAAACUUGCAUUCACUUAUAACACAUUCCCACUUUGAACAUGUCAAACCUAAGCUUAUGUUGGCACUAUAUGUAACAUUUCUGAUUCCAGGUAUAACAAAAUUAGAUCAAACAUAGAAUGUGGCGGCAGAGAAGAACCAUUCGGCCCAUCUAGUCUGCCCAAUUUUCUAAAUACUAAUUUUCUAAUUAGUCCCUGGCCUUAUCUUAUAGUUAGGAUAGCCUUAUGCCUAUCCCACACAUGCUUAAAGUCCUUUACUGUGUUAACCUUUACCACUUCAGCUGGAAGGCUAUUGCAUGCAUCCACUACCCUCUCAGUAAAGUAAUACUUCCCAAUGUUAUUUUUAAACCUUUGCCCCUCUAAUUUAGGACUAUAUCAUCUUGUGGGGGUUUUUCUUCUUUUAAAUAUAGUCUCCUCCUUUACUGUGUUGAUUCUCUUUAUGUAUUUAAAUGUUUCUACCACACUGUCUCAUCUUUCCUCCAAGCUAUACAUGUUAAGAUCCUUUAACCUUUCCUGGUAAGUUUUAUCCUGCAAUCCAUGAACCGGUUUUGUAGCCCUUCUCUGAACUCUCUCUAAAGUAUCAAUAUCCUUCUGGAGAUAAGGUCUCCAGUACUGCGUACAAUACGCCAAGUGAGGUCUCACCAGGCUUCUGUACAAUGGCAUGAGCACUUCCCUCUUUCUACUGCUAAUACCUCUCCCUAUACAACCAAGCAUUCUGCUAGCAUUUCCUGCUGCUCUAUUACAUUGUCUGCCUACCUUGAAGUCAUCAGAAAUAAUUACCCCUAAAUCCCUUUCCUCAGGUGUUGAGGUUAGGACUCUAUCAAAUAUUCUGUACUCUGCCCUUGGGUUUUUACGCCCAAGAUGCAUUAUAUUGCACUUAUCCACAUUAAAUGUCAGUUGCCACAACUCUGACCAUUUUCCUAGUUUACCUAAAUCAUUUGCCAUUUGGCUUAUCCCUCCUGGAACAUCAACCCUGUUACAUAUGUUAGUAUCACCCCCCUUGAAACAACUUAAUUUCAAUAUAUUUAUUAUGGGGGUAGGAUUUUCAGGGUGCCAUCUUAACUUCAGCGCUAAACCUGUGUUCCACUUAUUUAAUCGCGAAGAUGAUCCCCUGGUGUCUCACUGCUCUUUCUUGUCUCUUCCUUUCUCUUGACUGCCGUGCACUCCAGGAAGGUGACCUUGACAACUGAUGAUAAGCUGAGAGUAUAAGGUGACACUUUCAGCCAAUCUCUGGCUGCUCAUUGAGAAUGAGACCGCACCCAGAUUCUCCUGCCCUGUAACUGCUUAAUUGAGAUCGAGGUGAAACUGUUUCUUUAACAAGCUGAUACUAUGACUCAAAAUUCUAGUGAUUUCUGAACAACAAGCACAAACCAUUUUAUAAUGCAUUAGCUGAGCCAUAUGUGAUGGUCAAUGGUUAUAGAAGGAUGGAAACCACUUAGCUCUUUACAGGAACAUGCAACAUAUACAUUCAGAUAUCUUUACGUCAUUAAGAAAUAUCUUUCUUUCUUUCUUUUUUUUCUCUAGGUUGUAGUGAAGUUUAUACGCAAGGAUAAAGUGCUUGAUGACUGUUGGGUGCAGGAUCCUGAUCUCGGGAGGGUCACUCGGGAAAUUGCUAUCCUGUCUAGGUUACAACAUCCUAAUAUUAUAGAGGUAUGUAUUUCUAAUAGGUCCACAUAGGUUCAGCCUCUUGAGCAACACCAAACACCCAAGGAACUAUAAUUUUUCAUGUUUCCUUCUAUUUUGUUGCUUAAAAAAUUACAUUCAGUCCAAUCCCACUUUUUGACGUCACAAGAAAAAGCUAUGCUUGUUCAAACACUUGUACAGUGUGUGUAUACACUGCAUAUGCAUGAGGUAGAAUGUGUGCAUUCUCUUUCUUUUUAUGAGAAAGCUUAUGCUGAGAAAUGCACCUUUAGCUUUAUUAGAAGAAAAAAAAAAGCAAUUUUAUUUCUUUGAAUUGAGGCCUUAAUGUUUUCUUGAUACUACUACUACUACUACUAAUGUGUCUUAAUACUAUAGUGCACAGUAAUAUGCCAAGAUUGAGGAUUUCAGAUUUUACUACGUAUGAUGUAUACAUAUAUAACUCACAUCUAUUAUUUAAAUCUCAUGUGUGAUGGUGGUAAAUUAAACUUGUAUUUUUCACAGAUGUCAUGAACCUAGGAAUAUUGAUGUACCAAUCAUUAAAGGACCACUAUAGGCAGCCAGACCACUUCAGCUCAAUGAAGUGGUCUGGGUGCCAGGUCCCUCUAGUUUUAACCCUGCAGCUGAAAACAGCAGUUUCAGAGAAACGGCUAUGUUUACACUGCAGGGUUAAUCCAGCCUCUUGUGGCUGUCUCGCUGACCGCCACUAGAGGCAGCUUCCGCGAUUCUCACUGUGAAAAUCACAGUGAGAAGACGCUGACGUCUCUAGGAAAGCAUUGAGUAAUGCUUUCCUAUGGGCGUUUUUAAUACACAUGCGGCUCUGGCCGUGCAUGCGCAUUCGUCUCCACUUGGGAGCUGAUGUCUGAGAGGGAGGAGAGGUCACCAGCGCCGAGGGAGCCUGGCGCUUUAUAAAGGUAAGUGGCUGAAGGGGUUUUAACCCCUUCAGCCCAGCAGGACGGGGGCCAUGAGGCCCCCAGUUUCAGAGAACCUGCAAUGUUUACAUUAGGGUUAAUCCAGCCUCUAGUGGCUGUCUCAUUGACAGCCGCUACAGGCGCUUGCACGCUUCUCACUGUGAUUUCCUAUGGACUGGCUGAAUGCGCGAGCAGCUCCUGCCGCGCAUGCGCAUUCAGCAGAGGAGAGGAGGAGGAGAGUCCCCCGCCCGGCGCUGGAGAAAGAGGUAAGUUUAACCCCUUCCACCCCCUAGAGCCCGGCGGGAGGGGGACCCUGCGGGUGAGGGCACCCUCAGGGCGAAAACUAGUAUGUUUUCCUGGCACUAUAGUGGUCCUUUAAGUCUGUAACUAUUAAAAUGGUACAGUCUUGCUUACAAAACUUACCAGGAAACACACUUCAACUUGGAGCCAAUGAAUUCCAUCUAAGUAGGAAAAAAACUGAAAUAUCUAUUAUGCAAAUAGAACUUUCCCUUUAGACAUAUUAGAGAAGAUGAAAAUAACUGAGGGACCCAAGUAAGUAUUAAACUGUUCAAAAUCUGUUUGACUACUUACCGUAGGUCAGUGCCGCACAACCCUAGUGUGCCCCUUCAUUAAAUUAAUAUUUUCCUUCCUGGGAAGGUGAAAGCCCACAAGUAGUGAUCUAUGGAUAAAGUCCCUCCCAACUGAGAAGGUAGAAACACCCAUAAUGCUGUGCUUUGGCAUUUUUUGUUCCGCUCAAGGACCUCAUCCAGAACCUUUAGUUCUGUUUGGAUUCAUUGAAGUUCUGAAUGAAGCAAGAAUGUUUUAAAAAAAAUAAAAAUAAUAAUUUUAAAUUAAUUUUCCGAUCCAUCUGAUUGGGAGAGACUUCAUCCCAUAUGUCACAAAUUGUGGGCUUUCACCACCCAGAAAGAAAUUAAUUUGUCAGGUAAGGCACACAUUUUGUAUUUUACCAGUACAAAAGGAAAUAACGAAAAGAAUAAUAUGAAGAAAUAAUACAUUUUGGAAAUAAUUAUGGCCCUGAAAUAGCCUUUUAAUGGACGCAAUGUUUAAUACAAUAAUUGUAUUUAGUAUUGCUUGGGAUGUGCAUAGCACUGUGACAUUUAAGCCAUAGGAGUAUUAAUGUUUGUAACCAAUGUGCCAGUUGGAUCUCCUUCUGCAGUAAUCUAUUUUUCUAUAUAGUUUAACUGUCCUGAUGCAAUGCCUUAAACUGUCUUGACUUCCACACAUCUGUGUAGGUUCUCAAUGUCUUUGAGAAUGCCCUAUUCUUCCAGCUAGUGAUGGAACUCCACGGGGAUGCUCUGGACCUAUUUGAUUUUAUUGAUAAUCAGCCCAAUCUGGAUGAACCUCUUGCCAGUUAUAUUUUUCGACAGGUAAAUCUUAUGUGUGUAAUCUGCAGCAAUAUAAAUACUAGCUUCAUGACUCCUCUUCUUGGUAAAAAAAAAAAAAAAAAAGUAUUCCAUUUACAAUCUUGUGUUAUCAAGAGCCGAGCAAUUACAUCACACCACUUUCUUCCAACUUAUGGCACCAAUGUUUUCCCAUUUGAGCUGGUAUGCAUAUGUUCAGGGUCCCUAUUUCCAGGAGUGACUAUGUCCUAUACAAUAACUAACUGUUCAGUAUCUCAUGUACGGUUUGUAGAGCUCUUUAAUUGUAUUCUGCUCUUAUUGAAAUCACUGCCAUCACAUUUCCCCUAGGACCCAUUACUACAGACCACCUCAUGGGCAUUGAUACAUAGUAGUUAGUGCAUUUUUUAGGUGGUAGAAAUUAGAUUUACAUCUUUUUUUCCCCCCUUUCAUUAAGACUUUCAUUUUAAAGGAACAGUCAAAACACUAUAACCACUACAGCAAUAUGUAGUGGUUAGAGUGCCAGGAUUACUCUGGUGGCCUACCAGAGUAAGUUGUCAAACUUAACACCUGCUGCUGUCUCCAAUGCUGGCAGAAGCUAAUGCAAGGGGCUUGCAGUUUGCUCCACUGAUCUAAGCCUUGCCGUGCUGGGCCAUGGCUCAUUGUCUGAAAGUGUCUGCUGAGUGCUGUCUGCCAAUGAGCACAGCCUUGCAUGGCAGAACUCAAUAGCAGAAGCUUCCAGCAGCAGGGGAGGCAGCAAGACCCAGGUGAGUUGCCAAACCGUUCUUACGUAUUUGAUCAAAUAAUAUUGUAUUUUUCUAUAACUGUAUUAUGCGCAUUAUACAGACUAUUUUCCUGUAUUUACAUUUAGCUGGUGGCAGCAGUGGGAUAUCUUCACAGUAAGAACAUUCUACAUCGUGACAUUAAGGAUGAAAACAUUAUUAUUUCUCCAGACUUCACAAUUAAGGUGGUUGAUUUUGGUUCUGCAGCACAUGUAGAGCCAGGAAAACUAUUUUCUACUUUUUGUGGGACAACUGAAUACUGUGCACCAGAGGUUCUACUUGGAAAUGCGUACGUUUUUAUUCUGUAAUCCGAAGAUUGUCUUUUGGGGUUUUGUAAUAUGUAAAUUAUGUUUAUUUUAAGUACACUUUUAUUUUAGAGAAGUUGUGUAUUAUAAAAAUUAACAGGCAUGUUUUUACUUUACUUUUUUUGUUGUUGAAUAUUACAAGUCUAAUUAAAAAAAAAAACAACCUACACAAUACAGUCCUUUAACUUCUUAUUACACAUGACUUACUUGUAUUAAAAGAAUACUCCAAGCACCAUAACCACUACAGUAAACUACUGUUGUUAUGGUGCCCUGCCCCCCCUCCCCAUUGUAAGUAGUCAAACUGCGCUGUAGUGGUUUUGGUGCAUGGAGUGUUCCUAUAAAGCUCCAAACUUAUUUGUCUGCUUAACAGAACCAACAAGGGUUUAUGUUGCCGCUUAGUGGUAAAGGCAUGUUAUGAAGUAUAUAGAGGGUUAACCGUGAAAUCCAAAAGACGCUAACAUGAUUAUUUACUAAAGUCAGAAAUGUCCAAAGAAUAAGGCCAAAGUGGUUGUACAAGAAGUAUAGCUGCCUUGGAGAUUUAUUCCACUUGAGCUACUUUGGUCUUACAUUUGAAAUUCACUUUGAAUUACUGACCAGAAGGGACACUCUAAUCAGCAAGGUCUCUUUCCAGUAUGUGGUAGGUAUUGCAGAGGUGUAGGGGAUAAUUAGUGUAUCUUCCUGGAGUAGUUCCACUUACCACCUAGGAUGAGCGGAGAUGGAAGACCUACACAGCAAGCUUUGAGUGAUCCUUUAAUACUGAUGGAAAGUUUUACAGAAAUCCUAUGCCUCUGAUACUCUGACAUUUAUUACACUAUCCAAGAAGGCAAUCUUCCAGGCAACUCUUUGGUCUUUUAAAGGAGGCUUGCUAAAGAUCAAGUUGUUGGUUGAAGUUUUGCCACCUUGGAUGAUGGAAUAAAGGUUACUUGAAACCCCACAAGGUAUCUGUGGCAUCAUAUAUAGAUUAUAUAUCAUUUAUUUUUAAUACAUUUGGCAUGCAGGGAUCCUGGCUUUAACAUCCUCCCCUGCCGCAGCCAUUAUGAUUAAAUAGUCAUUUCCUCUUUUACUAUAGUUACCACUGAUUUGAACGGAGCACCCAUUGUAUGCUGCACUUUAUGUGUAUUGAUGCUUUAUACAAAUUUCUAGUAAUUUGUGAAACCAUUAUUCCAGAUAUCCAGGCCCUGAGUUGGAGAUGUGGUCUCUUGGUGUGACUCUGUACACUUUAGUUUUUGGGGAAAAUCCCUUUUGUGAGGUAGAAGAGAUCCUGGAAGCAGAGCUUAAUCCUCCAUUCCUUGUUUCACCUGGUAAGCCUCCCUGACUCCUGUCCUAUAUGAAUACUGACUGCUAUCCUUUAUGACUACUGACUACUAUCCUUUAUGACUGCUGACUACUAUCCUAUAUGACUGAUGGCUGCUAUCCUAUAUGACUGCUGGCUGCUAUCCUAUAUGACUGCUGGCUGCUAUCCUAUAUGACUGCUGGCUGCUAUCCUAUAUGACUGCUGGCUGCUAUCCUAUAUGGCUGCUAUCCUAUAUGGCUGCUAUCCUAUAUGACUGCUGGCUGCUAUUCUAUAUGACUGCUGGCUGCUAUCCUAUAUGACUGCUAUCCUAUGUGACUAGUGGCUGCCGUCCUAUGUGACUAGUGACUGCUAUCCUAUAUGACUACUUUACCUAUCUGUUUAUUGUAAAGCUAUGGUUUAAGACAGGGGUGCCCAAAAGGAAGAUCCACAGAUGGUUUUUAAUCUAUGGCUUCCAAGAUGCUUUGUCAUUUUAAAGACCUGCAAAGCAUCAUGGGAGCUGAAGUUCUAUAACAUCUAGGGGUCUACCUUUUGGACACCCCUGAUUUAAGACCGAAUAAAGGCAGGUAUCCGAAACACAGGGUCUGCACUACUACUGUAUAAGGCUAAAUGACUGGAUGCUUUAUAAAAGGGGUCGUGUUGAGCAUAUUGACCACACAAUUAAUCACAACAAGACCUAAGGUAAUGGAUUCCCAGGUGUUUAGUUCUAAGACAUCUGGACAUCUGUCCCCUUAGAACGUUCCACCCAAUUAAAUGUAUAUUGCUUAACGCAGGCAGCCAAAACUAUCCUUUAUGCUGAAAGACAAAUCAACUUAUCGUUCCUCUGUGUCAGAUUAUCCACAAUUCACAAGGCUGUGCUUGUUUUUCCUUUAACCUCAUUUUCAGAUAGUUUGUAAAGAAUAACACUAGAUGUGAAUAACUGAUGUCACAUGAGUUUGAUUUUGUAUUGUUCCAUCUAUUUUAGAAUUGCAGUAUCUGAUCUCUGCUCUGCUCCAACGAGAUCCGGAGUUACGCAUGACUUUAGAUGAACUACUUAGAGAUCCAUGGGUAAUCCAGCCAGUAAACCUGGCAGAGUAUACCUGGGAAGAGGUUUACCCUCCUGCCAGCUCUCAAAGAAGUGAGUGUGAUUUGACUUAAAUGUUACAUGGGACGAGAGAAGUUAAUGCAAUACAUGUAAACUUCUUGCAGUGUAUGAAUUAACUAGUAUCAUGGUCUUAGAUGAUGGACGAAUGUCAUUCAUUUUCAACAAAUGUUAGGAUAGGAAACUGUGAAUACCUAUACUUUACUUUGUGAAUUGCAUGGUCUGAUCUUUGCUGUUGAUGACUGAAACUUAAGUCUUUGCCAAUUUUGACUUCAAUGCCUGUUGUAUUGAGCCACGGGUGCAGCCCCUGGUACUUAAUUUGCCAGGAACCCAUGUAAUUAAUUACUGUACUCUUGCACAAUUCAUUGUGAAAUGCUCAUAGUUAUUUUUCUGGUAACAGAGCCAUUUUAAAUGCCACUCUGGUGAAAGCUAUUAUUCUCAAUGUCCGUGAGACACUUACAUAACCAUAGGUAAUGGUGUAGUGUGUAUUCUCACAAGCAGGGCUGGACCAGGAAAAAAUGUGGCCAGGGCAUUUUUAAUCACAGCGACCCAGUGGGAGAGGAAAGGUUGUGUCAUCGCCGAGGAAAAGUUGUGUUAUCGCCAAUGACAAGCAAACCCCCCUCAAAUUGAGAAUGCUGGUUCAGUACUCUUCCAGGGCAGCCCGCGCACAGAGCUAUGCUGAAGAGCUCUCGAAAUGAGAAAAAUACUGUAUUUGUUCUGCACAUCGCAAGCCAUUUUAAUUUGUCUCUGGUGCUUCCAUAAGGAUACAAGAGAACAAAAGGGCAAGGAAAGAGUAUUGUGCAUGUGUUUAGAGGCUACUUGUGAGAUUGCGUGUGUGUACAGUGAGCUGUUUGUGUCGUUUGUUUUGUGUAAAUUCAUUGGUUUAAUUUGUGUUGUGUUUGUGGCAUAAUAUGACUGGCUAAAAUCUAUUGGGUGUGUAGACAGUGAGUGUGUGUGUGUAUAGGGGGCUAAUGUAGCAUUUGUGCAUGGGGGCAGUAGUGUGUGUGUGUGUGUGUGAAGGGGAUGUAGUGUGGUUAUUGAAUUUAUUCUGUGUAUAGGGGAUGUAGUGUGUGUGUGUGUGUGUCAGGAAUGUAGUGUGUAGGUGGUGCAGUAUGUGUCUAUAGGCAAAUCCUCUCACAAAUCCGGGUAUUGUGCAAUAUUGAUGCGUUGCCGGUGUAAAACUCAACAAUGCUCUGAACUGCGAGAUUAAUAUUCUGCACCCUGUUGAGGUGCAGGUCUAGAGCCUCCUGUGUCGUCCUCCUGAAAGGUGCACUGGACCAGUGAGGGAGAUCUUUGAUCUCCCCACUGGCCUGUGAAGGCAGACCACAAAGAAGAGUGCUUGAAUAACGCAAUUCCUGCAUGGGCCAGCAGGGGACAUCUCCCCUGUUGACCUUGGCCCGUGGCCAUCGUGUCUCACAUGGCAUUUGCUCAAUGGCCAAUCUCAAAGUUGGGAUAUUCUAUCUGUGCAGAGCGCUUUUGGAAAGAAAAUGGGACUACCUUAUAACAAAUAAGCAAUAAUAUUUUGUCUUUCUUUUAAUCUUGACAGAUGAUGAAACAACUGGGCAAUGCCCAAUAAAUUAUAUCAGUGAAUGGAAUGAGGAACUUGACACCCGGACAGAGUGAACUCUAAAGCACUGAAGAUGCACACUUAUUUUAUUUUCCCAGUAAUACUGGCAGAGAACCAUAUCUGGAUUUAAACCUUGCGCAUCUAUAGGCUCUUUUCUCCCUAAAAAUACCUGUAUUAAAAUGUCUUUAUUAAUGGUAUAUUUAAAAAUAAAUUUAAAAAAUUGUGUUAGGAUGCCCAACCAGUGGAACUCACCCACACUACAUGCUGUACAUGCUUGACACUUCGUACAUACACACUCAUAUUACAUGCAACACUCAUGUCAUCCAAAGGACACAAAAGACCUGGGACACCCACACAAUAUACAGCACUUACAUGAUACACAGCAACCUCAUGUCAUACUGAAUACACAACAAGCAGGAACCACAGGGCACCCUUAUGGUACAUAGUACCAGCAGAGCCACCUGCAUGAGACGCCCACAUUACAUACUGCAUAAUAAGUGCACACAACCAGCGAUGAAUGUAACCAGCUUUCUGUAGUAGUUUUGGUGACUUCUAAAUCAGAACUUGCUCCCUGUUUGGGGAAAGGCAUUGGAUAUCAAUUCUGCAUGAUAAAGUUCUGAUAUCAUGCCGUACUGUUUGGUUCUGGUUACUUCAUUCCAUGCUUCUGUUAUCAUGAUGCUAGCUUAGGAAGCAAGGUGCAUCAGUUUAACCUAGCAGCACAUAUCACUGCCCGGGACCUUUCCUCAGUUGGGUGCUUGCUAGGCAUUCCCACAUUCAUGCAACAAAGGCCCCUUAACCUACUUAGCUACUAUACUAUUCGUACUUUAAAAACCAGAUGUUUCUACAGGUUGGUGACUAUACUGCUUAUUUCUCAUGCCAGCACCAGGUAGACCAGAAUUCUCCACAUCCAGAAACGGUAAUCCCUACAUGCUAACCUAUCUAGUUUUUCUACUCGGGUCACUACACUACUUAAUAAAUAUUAAAUUUCCAUUUGUCAGUCUCCAAUACUGAUGCACUUGUUGUGUUUGUGUUCUCAGUAAAGUAGUUUGAAAUGUUCAGCAUUGAUUGUUUAGGACCAAUGUGGGUUUAAAUACACUUCCUAUGUUACAUUUAUAGAUUAGUAACUUUGUUGCAAGGUUUGUUGAUGCUAUUCACAUUUAUAUAUCAUUCAUAACUCAGGGUUUCAAUAUGUGUAUGAACAUGUGAUCUGUCUUUGUUUUAACGGCAAGCUAAUGCCAAUCUGUCCUGAUAUUUCAACAUAUCUGUAAAAUGUGUGAAGUGCAGUGUUAUUGUAAAUUACAUUGAAGACACUUUGUGGUAUGCAAAAUGUAUACUGCACUGUAAAGAAAAUACCGCUGUCAUUUAAUGCUAGUGAUUUCUUUUUUAGACAAUGAGUUGUUCAGAUAAUUUGUGCUGUUCACUGAUUUACAAUACGUAUGUUUUAAGGCUAUUUACACCGGCUCUGCUGUAAUUUUUGCCAUUUUAAAGGAGGGCCUCUGAGAAUCAAUAGAUUUUAAAGCAGGUUUGCUUACUUGAAAAUCUAAGUGGUUCUCUGAAACAAAAACUACAGUUUGUUGCCUGCAGAUUGUGGUUUUUUUUUUUUAAUACAUAUAUUAUUAUUAUAUGAAGGAAG